GGCUACCUUACAGGGGAGGCGUGGCCAACGGUUCGGAUCCGCCCAACGGUCGUCACGUGACAGGCUUCCCACAAAACGCUCGUCUACGCCCCCUUCAGUCGUACGUCUGCGGGAGCGCGCACCGGGCCCGAAAACACAGAGCGCGCCACCGCGGCUACCACCUCUCCGUUUGCGUGCAAACCACCGGGUGUUUUCGCCGCUUCCGCCAGUUCCUGCCAUGGGCCCAGCCUCCAGGAAUCCCUCACUCCCCCAGCACUGAGUGCCCCCGGCCGCCAUGUUGUGUGCGGAACCGCAGAGCCGCCGUUGACAGACACCGGGCCCGAGCCCUGACCCCCGGAGGAGCCGCCGCCAUGGCUGAGCAGACCUAUUCCUGGUGAGAGGGCUUUGCCCGUCCGUGUGAGAGGGUGCGGGGCCCGGCCAUUGUUUGUGCGCCAGCUGGGUGUCACGGGCGGCCUGCUAUACCCAGGGCUGAGCCGAGAUAGUGAUGGUCAGAGUGGGCUAGUGAUGGUCGGUGUGGGCUAGUGAUGGUCGGUGUGGGCUAGUGAGGGUCGGAGUGGGCUAGUGAGGGUCGGAGUGGGCUAGUGAGGGUCGGAGUGGGCUAGUGAGGGUCGGAGUGGGCUAGUGAGGGUCGGUGUGGGCUAGUGAGGGUCGGUGUGGGCUAGUGAGGGUCGGAGUGGGCUAGUGAUGGUCGGUGUGGGCUAGUGAGGGUCGGAGUGGGCUAGUGAGGGUCGGAGUGGGCUAGUGAGGGUCGGAGUGGGCUAGUGAGGGUCGGAGGGCUAGUGAGGGUCGGAGUGGGCUAGUGAGGGUCGGAGUGGGCUAGUGAGGGUCGGUGUGGGCUAGUGAGGGUCGGUGUGGGCUAGUGAGGGUCGGAGUGGGCUAGUGAUGGUCGGUGUGGGCUAGUGAGGGUCGGAGUGGGCUAGUGAGGGUCGGAGUGGGCUAGUGAGGGUCGGAGUGGGCUAGUGAGGGUCGGAGUGGGCUAGUGAGGGUCGGAGUGGGCUAGUGAGGGGAGCCAGCCUGCUCUGUAUCACACACUGCGGAAUUUGUUUGUUGUGGCUGGGCUCAGAGAGAGCCGUUUAAAAACCAAUCUCCUGCUUUGUACAUAGCUCUCGCAGGCCUCCAGCAGGAGAUAUGGCAGCGAUGGCUAACCUUGACACCCAGAUCGACAGCAACUGCGUUUCCCUGUGCACAGCCAUCUGGGCUGUCUGAGGAUUAUAGGAAAUGCAGUUCAGAAACAUCUAGUGGUGUCAAGGUUAGUCAUCAGUGCCAUAAAUAAUGUACAAUGGGCCUUAUAGCCAUCUCCCCAUCCUUAUACCAUUACAGGCACUCCAGCUCUCCAUCUUUGUGUUUUUAUGUGUGUGUGUGUGUGUGUAUAUGUAUAUAUAUGUGUGUAUAUAUAUAUAUAUAUAUGUGUGUGUAUAUAUAUAGAGAGAGAGAGAUACUAAGUAGCUAAACAGUCUGAUCUCACGGUGACAACCUUUUGCAAACCAGUGGGUUUCACACAACACUUUGUGGUCCUGUGAAUAGGAUCCUCACAAUGUAUUUGUAAUGCCUGGGGGCAGCUUUUGUCUGAGGGGGUUGCUAUAAUUUACACUCCCCAACUAGAGCAGUAAAGACUGACAUUCCGCACACAGACACCAGAUUUUGUUUCCUAUUGUUGGAUGAACAUUGUGUGCAAAUUGGUCUUCUGUGGUGAGUGUGUUUACCAUUAACACACUGGUUAAAUAUAUACUUUAUGAAUUCCAAAUUUAGUUUGUACAAUGUGUUUUUUUAAAAGGAAGGACAACUGUUUUGUUUUUUUGGGGGGUGGUUACACUGAAAUCUACAGUUUUUGAGUAUUUAAGGAUUUAUACCUUGAACAAUGAAUUGGAAACCAAGUUAGAAAAAUGGCUGAAUUCCAAAUUGUUGCAAAUCAAAAUAUGAGCAGUAACAUAGGUUGGAGAAUGUUCCCAAAUAAUUAACUAUUACCUAAAUGUUACCUAUACGAUUAAAUUUGCUACAAUUUGAAGUUUAGGGAAAAUACCACUGUAUCUAUAGUUGAGCUGAUGAAUCUUUCAAAAUAAUAAAAUCAUAAAUUUUUACCCUGAUUUUGUAGUUUCAUGUUCAGUUCACCACAAUGCACUAGUUUAAUUAAUAACCCCACAGUAUAUCUUAUAUUUAUGCAGCAAUUACAUUUAUACGUGUGUGGGAAAACUUGAUUUUUGUUCUAUAUUGUUUACAUAAAUGAUCGUUGGGCUGAGCGAUUAUCAUAUUUUAUAGUAAUAAUGCAAGUACCAUUCCAUAUGGAUGUAUAGAAAAUAGUGGUCAUUGUUAAAAUACAGACACUUGUAUUGAGUACUACAAUUUACUGAUUUAUAUCUAAAAGAAUAACAUACACAAGUCUAGACAGUUAUAAAAUUUUUGUAGAAAGCUCUGACGUGGGCUUGAAUCCAUAGGGUACAAAGCCCACGUCAUUAUUUUUUUUUAAUGCUUAUACGACAUUGUUUAGCAGUAUCAGAAUGGUGUAUUAUACUACAUAUGGGCAUGUUUAACAAUACAAAUCAACAUUUCAUCUACUGUGUGCAGAAUGCAUUGGCUCCUAAAUAUAUUAUUUUAGGCAAAUGCUGUAUCUCACCAUGUUCACAUGCUUUAAAUUCUUACAGUUGCUGUAAUAUAUCUAUUUUACAAUGCCUCAUUGUUCAAUAUUAGCUAGGUCAAUUUUAAAACUUACCUGAAAUCCAGUGGAUCUUGCUUUGCAUAGCUCCUGGCACUCCUCUCCAUGCCUUGUCUGAUGUCAGUAAGGGCCUUGAGCUGCCCAAUCAAAUGCUUCUCACGAGCAUGUACAUGGUCUGACCCAGAAACAAUUUAAAAAGAUAAUUUUUUUCUUUAAAUGUAAACUAUGAAGAUAAGCAGGAUAGAGCAUACAAAUGGAGAAAGGGGAGAACAAGUUCACUCUGCUGCCUGCAAGGGAGAAAAUAUCUGUUGCCAGCACGCUGACGAUAGACCUAAUUUUUGAACAUAUUUGAUAUUGGGUAGCCCAGAAAAGAGUUCUUGUUGCCCAAGUCACGUAUACUUGUGGCGUAACAAGAUCUCUAGAUGUUUAGUGUUUCUGGCAGAAAUGCUGCAUAUCUAAAUUCCUACCACAAUGACCACUUCAAAUGACUGAAGUGGUUAUGGUGGUUGGAGUAACCCUUUGAGUGAACGUGUGUCCAUAAAGCAUGUCCCACUGCCAAGUCCUUGGAUAGGCAACAAUCAGCACUCCAGAUAUUGUGGCCUGCAUCUCCCUUAAUGCUGGCAAAGUGUUAAAGGAGUUGUAGUCCGCAAUAUCUGGAGUGCAGAGGUUCUUUACUCAAGUGAGAAUUUAAAGUGUAUUUCAAGUCUAGACCACAAUGGCUAAUCUAAACAUAUAGCUGGCUUAAAUAACUUUUCCUGUUCAGAUAUUUUGACCAUAUAUUUGAAAUUCACCUUGAAUAUUAAAUUUAGUGAAUAAUCUUGUAAGUGUUAUAUUUAUGUAGCUGUGAUAUGUAAGUAGAUAUUCGAAAAGCCCUAGUCAUCCUGGACACCAACACAUUUAUUUUUAAUGUUUAAAAAAAAUCAUCUGAUGGUGCUCCCACUCUGUCCACCUUUCAGACACAGAUGAUGUGCAAGUUAAAGGGAAUCUAUGGUUGUCAGAACCUUUACUUACUGUAGAGGUUCUGAUGUCUAUAGCACGUCCCUGCAGUUUUAACACUGCCUUUUCAGAGAACAGGCAGUCACUGCGUGGAGGCACUGAACAUUCCCCAUAGAGAUGCAUUGAUUCAGUGCAUCUCUAUGAGAAGACUUUGAUUGGUGUAGUGCUGCAUUUUGCAGAAGAGUAGCCUCCCAAUUUAAUUUUUUUUUUUUAAAUAUGAAAAUGCAUUGGAUUUGUAGAGAUCAUCAAAAUUGAUGAUCUCCGUCAUGGAGUCGUGGCAAGAUCGGUGUGGGAGAAAAAUUCACCUUUAAUCUCCGGAGAGGGGGACCGGGAUCUAAUGCUGCAUUCCAGCACUAUAGUGUCAGUAAUACAUGUUUGUAAUCCUGACACUAUAGUGUUCCUUUAAAUGUGAUGAAAAUUGCUUGUAGUCCUUUCCCACGAGAUAGAUAGAUAGAGAUAUAGAUAUAUAUAUAUAUAUAUAUAUAUAUAUAUAUAUAUAUAUAUAUAUAUAUAUAUAUAUAUAUAUAUAUAUAUAUAUAUAUAUAUAUUCUCGAUCUCUCUCCAAAUAGUAAGCAUGACCAGCACUCACGAUUUUGUUUCUGAUGAAAGUCCCAGACGAGGCUACUCUUCUUCAACAAAACCGUGAGUGCUUGUCAUGCUUACUAUUUGGAUAUCUGAAUUUCCCCCAGACUGCAAGCACACGGAUUUUACAUUUUGAGCCUGUGUGCAAGGAAUUGGUGUCUUUCUUAUAUUUAUAUGAAACCAAGAGUGCUGCACUCACCUGAACAUGCAUACAUUAUAGGGUGAUAUAGAUAUAGAUAUAUAUAUAUAAUAUUGUUAAAUACACACAAUUUUAAUACAAUCAUUCCUAGCAUAAUUCAGCCAAGAACAUGGUUAACACAACAUAGAUUUAUGUGAUUCAUUGCAGAUUUUAGUGUUAGUUCUUUAAAAAAUGUUUUGGGCUACAACUUCUUUCAUAAAGCGUCUCAAGUCAUUAAUGUGCAGUUUUUAGAUAGGACUCGUUAUGGUAAACUGAAGUCUCUGACUUCUUGAUAGGCAAAUAAAGUCUACCAUCUUCUUCUCCUUUCCACAAAUCCCUUGAUCUGAAAGGUAUGAGUGGUGUAUGUACAUGUAACCAUUCUUUGCAUGAUUUAAAGGACCACUAUAGGCACCCAGACCACUUCAGUUUAAUGAAGUGGUCUGGGUGCCAGGUCCCUCGAGGGUUAACCCUGUCUGCUGUAAACGGGUUAAUCCAGCCUCUAGUGGCUGUCUCAUUGACAGCCGCUAGAUGCGCUUCCGCGCUUCUCACUGUGAUUUUCGCAGUGAGAAGACCCAGCGUCCGUAGGAAAGCAUUGAGAAUGCUUGCCUAUGGACUGGCUGAAUGCGCGCGCGGCUCUUGCCGCGCAUGCGCCUUCAGCCAAUGACGGAAGAUGGAGGAGAUUCCCCGGCGCUGGAAAAGAGGUAAGGGAUUAACCCCUUCAGCGCCACUGGAGUUUGUUUUCCUGGCACUAUAGUGGUCCUUUAACUCCCAUUCAUAAUGUGAAUGAGUAGGAUAGUAACCUGUAAUGGGCCAACAAGCUUUAGUUGCAGAGUAUGCAUAUGAACUAGUCCUAUAACAUUUGUGCAUGCUACCAGUAUAUAGAUGGCGGCAUGCAUACAAAUACAAUGGACAAGUCCACAGCCAAGGUGAUUUACACACAUGUAAAUGAUUCCUUUUACAUGAACCUCAUUUUACAUUCUAUGUGCAAGGGUCCUAACUUUAGUUCUAUGAACAUGGCGAUCAGGGCCAAUUUUUUAUUUAUUUUCUUUCUUUCUUUUUAAUUUUCUUUCCCCACAUUUAGAUAUCUAGCAAAGGUGGGACCAUUUUAAUAUCUGUAGGCAACCUGAGAUAUGGCGUAGAACAUGUAACUUUGUGUUUGAGAGCACAUUUAUUUGUUGUUAUUCAGUUUGGAUUUUGGAGGCUGUAAUAUGGAUGCUACAGAAUUAGGCGUUAUGAUUUCUGUACACAGUGUAUGUUAAUUGCGGAGUUUAUGCUUUCUAAUUUUAGGCUAAAGUUUUAUUUUCUUUAUAUACAAGGUCUUUUUUACUUUACCAUUUGCUAUUAAUGGGUUCAGUCUGAUUGUUCAUACCUAGAUCAAGACAGGUCUCUUACUUCAAAGUAAUGUUAAGGUUAAUAAUAAUUUGAUGGAGUUUACAUGGUAAAUUAAAUAUACUUAAGAAAGGUGUGUUCUGAAAAAAGGGUGAGGUGGACUUUAAGACCAGAAAUGAAAGCUCCUGAAUUAUUAGAAAAUGUUUUGUUUGAUGCAAUUAAGGUAGGGCAGGUCCUUAAUAUGUUAACACCUAAAAAAUAUUAUACCAAGUAUGUCUUAAAAAAAGGAAAAUCUAUUCACAGUAGUGACCGUAGUACUGCUGAUGUUGUUGUACCUGGUAUUUUCCAAAAUGCUCAGCAAAUCUCAUAUCUACAGUCCCACCUCAAUAUUAAAACUUCUGCCUAAUAGAAAAAACAAAUUUAAUCUGUGUGUUUCUUUAGGCAGACAAGGAUGUAUAAAAGGAUGUUAUUUGAGUUAUGAUGAAUGUGUAAUAGAAGUGAAAAACUGUUAAACUGUUGCCAUUAAUGCAUUAGGAUUCUAUCUUACUACAGUUUUCAGAUUAAAUAAGUUUCUGACACACUAUACAAAUUUUUUAAAAGCAAGAAUCUGUAGGAUAAUGGAAAAUGACAUGGGACAGUCAGAUAUCUAUCAAACUUUCAUUGCAGCUACACUUUGUAUAACAUUGAAAAGAGAAAUUAAAUUGUAAUUUAGUUGGGAAAGGAUAUAAUAAAGGCUUUAUUUGUGAUCCAUGUGAACAUGCUUUUUAAUUCUCCCAGACAUAUUAAAAUGGAACAACUGAAGAUGGCUGAAUUAUUGCAGCCAUCAGUGUCGAGCAAACAUGAUUGAAGCUGGAUCAAAACUUGUGUAUUUGCCGGGAAAAAAAAAAUCAAAGUGUGUGUAUACACUGAACAAAAUUAUAAACGCAACACUUUUGUUUUUGCCCCUAUUUUUUCAUGAGCUGGACUCAAAGAUCUAAGACUUUUUCUAUGUACACGAAAGGCCUAUUUCUCUCAAAUAUUGUUCGCACCUUUGCAAUUAUCAUGCUGUCUAAUCAGCAUCUGGAUAUGCCACACCUGUGAGUUGGAUGGAUUAACUCUGCUCACUAACACAGAUUUAGACAGAUUUGUGAACAAUAUUUAAAGAAAUAGGCCUUUUGUGUACAUAGAAAGUCUUAGAUCUUUUGAGUUCAGCUCGUGAAAAAUGGUGGCAAAAUAAGUGUUGCGUUUAUAAUUUCGUUCAUUGUGUGUGUGUGUGUAUAUAUAUAUAUGUAUGUGUGUAUAUAUAUAUAUAUAUAUAUAUAUAUAUAAUUUAUUAUGUAUAUGUGUGCGUGCAAUCAAAAUUAUUCAGUGAACAAAUCAAACCAUUGAAAUGGCUCAACACCACCAAUGCUUCGAAUGGUGUCCCCAAAUUCAACUGAACAUGAAACUUAUGACUUCUCUAGUUUAAUUUUUUUUUUCACACUACAGUCCUCAAGCACACUUGAUUUAAAGGACCCUUAUAGGGCCCUGAGGGUGCCCCCACCCUCAGGGUCCCCCUCCCACUGGGCUCUGGGGGGGAGGAAGGGGUAAACUUACCUCCAGUGCUGGGCGGGGAACUCUAGUCCUCCUCUCUGCCGUGUCUCCUCCUCUUCAGGUGAAUGCGCAUGCGCGGCAGGAGCCGCGCACGCAUUCAGCUAGUCCAUAGGAAAGCAUUCACAAUGCUUUCCUAUAGACGCUGGCGUCUUCUCACUGUGAUUUUCACUGUGAUUUUCACAGUGAGAGGCGCGGAAGCCCUCUAGCAGCUGUCAAUGAGACAGCCACUAGAGGCUGGAUUAAUCCUAAUGUAAACAUAGCAGUUUCUCUGAAACUGCUACAUUUAUAGAAAAAAGGGUUAACCCUAGCUGGACCUGGCACUCAGACCACUUCAUUAAGCUGAAGUGGUCUGGGUUCCUAUAGUGGUCCUUUAACUAAUCAAUUAAUUUCACCAGCUGUGCUUGAGUGUAGAAAAAGGAAGCUAUCAAUGCCUGCAACCAGAUUUCUAAGAAGGCAGGCUGUGAAAAACCCUCGAGUGACUUCAAAAAACCGGCAGCAUAACUUGGUGACAACAGGCACUGAGGUUUCAGUUAGCACAGUAAGGCGCAUUCUAAAUGUGGAAGGUUUCCAUGCCAGUUAAUCCUUUUUGUCACUUACCUGGGUCCAGCACCGAUGCCCUUUGGCGUUUGCUCGGGUCCGUCUUCCCGCUGACGUCAGCUGAUGGAAGAGACCAAAUGUGCAUGCGUGGCAAUGGCCAUUUAUGCAUUAUGAUUUCCCCAUAGGAAAACAUUAAUCAAUGCUUUCCUAUGGAGAUUCCGGUGACGCUGGAAGUCCUCAUGCAUAGACAGCAAUUGGAGGAGUUAACCCUACAAGGUAAUUAUUGCAGUUUCUCAGAAACCGCAAUAAUUACAACUGUAGGGUUGAGGGAUGUGGGACAUUGGACCCAGACCACUUCAAUGAGCUGAAGUGGUCUGGGUGCCUACAGUGUCUAUUUAAACUUUACCCAUUGCCAUGGUCUUUAUGAAAAAGUACUCUCUCUACUUUUUCUUAUGUGUCAAAAAACUAAAAAUGAAAUUAAGGGAAAUGGACAAAAAAAGGAUUAAAAAAAAAAAAAAAAAAAGACAGUAGAGUUUCAGGGAUCUGUUUUCUUUUGUUUUUUUUCUUCUUCAAAUUUUACAUUGUAACAGCCAGGUAAGUUGCUGCAGCCUUCAGGAAGUUGCAUGCAUCUUUUGGGCACAUGCAAACUGUAAUCUGAUGUACGAACACUUUUAGAUAAAGUGAACAGUCAUCACAGAGUGAAUAUAUUAAGUAGGGAUCGACCGAUAUUGAUUUUUUAGAGCCGAUACCGAUAUUCUGUGAACUUUCAGGCCGAUAGCCGAUAUAAUUUGCCGAUAUUCUGUACAUUUACCAUUUUGGAAAAUAAAAACUAUUUCUAAAGGUAAAUGCACAAAAUAUACAUGCCACGUGUAGUGGAUGCAGUGUGUUUAGACAGGGGAGCUGUAUGUGUUUGUGUAUGUGUGUGUUUGUGUGUGUAGUGGAUGCAUUGUGUGUUUGUGUGUGUAGUGGAUGCAUUGUGUGUUUGUGUGUGUAGUGGAUGCAUUGUGUGUUUUUGUGUGUAGUGGAUGCAUUGUGUGUUUGUGUGUGUAGUGGAUGCAUUGUGUGUUUGUGUGUGUAGUGGAUGCAUUGUGUGUUUGUGUAAUGUGUUUGUCGAGUGUGUGUAGUGGAUGCAGUGUGUAUUAGUGUAGUGUGUAUAUAAUGAAAGCGCAGAGUGUUUGUGUAGUGUGUGGGUAGUGUGCAUAAAGUGAAUGCUGUAUAUACUAAAUGCAAAGUGUGUGUGUAUAUAAUGAAUGCAGAGUGUGUGUAUUUGUGUAGUGUGUGUGUAUAGUGAAUGUAGUGUUUAUAUAAUACAGAGUGUGUGUUUGUAUAGUGUGUGUAUAUAAAGCAGUAUUUGUGUGUAGUGUGUAUAUAAUACAGUGUGUGUGUAUAUAAUAGUGUGUGUGUAUAUAAUACAGUGUGUGUGUAGUGUGUGUGUAUAUAAUACAGUGUGUGUGUAUAUAAUAGUGUUUGUAUAGUGUGUGUAUAUAAUGCAGUGUGUGCAUUUGUGUGCAUUGUAUACACACACUAUACAAACACACUGCAUUAUAUGCAGUGUGUGUAUAUAAUGCAGUGUGUGUUUGUAUAGUGUGUGUAUAUAAUGCAGUGUGUGUUUGUAUAGUGUGUGUAUAUAAUGCAGUGUGUGUUUGUAUAGUGUGUGUAUAUAAUGCAGUGUGUUUGUAUAGUGUGUGUAUAUAAUGCAGUGUAUAUAAUGCAGUGUGUGUUUGUAUAGUGUGUGUUUGUAUAGUGUGUGUAUAUAAUGCAGUGUGUGUUUGUAUAGUGUGUAUAUAAUGCUGUGUGUGUAUAUAAUGCUGUGUGUUUGUAUAGUGUGUGUAUAUAAUGCAGUGUGUGUAUUUGUGUGCAUUGUAUAUACACACACUAUACACACACUGCAUUAUAUACACAGUGUGUUUGUGUAGUGUAUGUGUAUAUAAUGGAGUGUGUGUGAGGGGGAAUUUUUUAUUAAAUUAUUUUUUUUAAUUUAAUUUAUUUAUUUUUGUUGUGUAUGUGCAUAUAGCCCCAAAAAACACUCAAAACAAAUAAAAUAUUUUAAGGUGCACUGUGCCUUUAAGACAAUAAACUGCUUUAACGCACUUUAUCAAGUGAGUACAAGCAUUAUAGUGCAAAAUAUGUGAAUAGUGCUAUUCACUCUGCAAAAAAAUGUUUACUAAAGUGCAAUUUGAAUGUGCAGAAUAUUUCCAUUUAAGUGCAAUGUAAAAGACACUUAAAAAAAUUCCUUAAUAGGGUUUGAUAUUCAUUAUUUGCGGGGAGCCAUGAAAAGGAAAGAAAAAAUAUAUAGUAUAAUAUUGUUAGGGUAAAAAGAAGUGUAGAAAUAUAUUAAUAAAACCACUCACAAAUAAAGAGCAGGAAAGUCUGCUCUAACUAUAUAACCGCUUAUAUAAGCAUCUACAUGGGAUAUCCGAGUGAACUGGCCUUCAAAGCCACUGGUGCAGAAAAGUCUUUAUUACAACAACAUAUAAAACCUGCACAAAACAGCUAAGCCUCCUUACAACCAGAUAUUCAGUUCUGUGGAUCAGUCCCUCUGCUUGGUGCCGCCGGCUUCUCUUGCACAGGCUCGCAUUGGGGGCUGUCCGCUCUCAUUGCAGGUCCUUCUGGGAGGCGGGGAAAACGUGAUAACAUCUCGCACAGUGUUGGAUGACGCGUUUCUCCGGGUUACCAGCUUCAUCGGAUUUGUCACAAGUGUCAUGUCACUCUAUUAAAGUCUGUCCUAAAGGGCGGGUCAGUGUCAAGCUCCAUUUGUGAGUGGAUACGCCAAAGACCUCAUUUGCUUACUAAAUGUUAAUAUACUGGUCAUGUGUGCUAAAGAAGAAGCUUAGGAGUCUACAAGCUUGAGACUGCAUGUAAACAGCAAAUUAUGUUAAAGAAUUGAAGAGGCAGGGCCAUGGCUCAAAGGAAAUGGGCACCAUACUCCUAGGCUCCACUGUGAGAUUAUUCUUGACCGUAAAGCUUAUGGACAUUGAAACAUAAACAUUGGACAUAAAGAAAGAUCUGUUGUGGAAUUCUGCUCUUGUGCUAUGAGUUAUUUUUUUGCAGUAGACAUACUGGCCUACUAUACCCAAGAUGACACCUAUUAUAUCUCUCUUCUGGAUUCUACAAGGAAGGCUUACCGUCACUAGAAUACAUCAUACACUGAAUUGAAGGCUGUGAUUAAAACCUCUGGUACCAAAAAUGACAUCUUGAUAAUGUAUCAAGAACAUAUGGCUACUGUGAUGGAGGAAAUUGCCACUCUUACUGGCGAUGUCAUGAUUGCUGUUAAAAAAAAAAAAAAAAAAAAAUCAAUAAAAAAAAAAAAAUCAUACUUGUGUAGAAUGUGAGGCCACAGUGCUAGCAAUACAACAGUGGCGAAAAUGUCGGCAGCUAUAUCUAGAGGGCCCUCUUAAACCUAUUGUUCCUGUAAGUUUUUGUAAAUGUCUCAUUUAUUGUUAAACCACCACCAUCGAUAAUAUUGUAAAGCGCUACAGAAUAUGCUGACGCUAUUUAUAAAUACCCGUCAUAAUAUACACUUUUUAAAAAAUGAUAUCCUUGCAGUGGAUCAUUCAUCUGAGGCAGUUCUAUUCCUCUCCUUUCUCACCAAAGAAGACAUCAACUGCUGUUUGAGUCACAAAUCAGUCGAAGCCUCAGCUGAGGUGUCUUCAGACAUGUCUUUUAAGUUUCAGAGGGAGGUAGACAAGCUCACUGUAUUUAAGCGCUAAGAGACUCUGGUAAUGCACACUAACUUUCAAUUCUAAUGUGUCCUAAUGUGUUUUAUACCCCACCUUCUAUAGACUGUAAGCUUGUUUGAGCAGGGCCCUCUUCAACCUAUCGUUCCUGUAAGUUUUCUUGUAAUUGUCCUAUUUAUAGUUAAAUCCCAGCUUUAUAAUAUUGUAAAGAGCUACGGAAUCUGUAGUCGCUGUACAAAUGGCGAUAAUAAUAAAUGCUUGUCUCUCCUCCUUUUGUAACCUCUUCAGACCCACAAUACAAUAAAGAUGUCCUCUACAUUAGGGAUCGACCGAUAUUGAUUUAUUUUUUUUAGAGCGGAUACAGAUUCCGAUAAUCUGUGAACUUUCAGGCCGAUAACUUACCGAUAUUCUGUACAUUUACCAGUUUGAAAAAAAUAAACUAUUUCUAAAGGUGAUGCACAAAAUAUACAUGCCAUGUGUAGUGGAUGCAGUGUUUUUAGACAGGGGAGCUGUGUGUUUGUGUAGUGUGUAUAGUGAAUGCAGAGUGUUUGUGUAGUGUGUGUAUAGUGAAUGCAGAGUGUGUUUGUGUAGAGCACUGCAUUCACUAUAGACACUACACAAACAAACACUGCAUUAUAUACAGUGUUUGUGUAGUGUGUUUAUAUAAUGCAGUGUGUAGUGUGUGUAUAGUGAAUGCAGUGUGUUUAUAUAAUCCGGAGUGUGUAGUGUGUAUAUAAUUCAGUGUUUGUGUAGUGUGCAUUAUAUAAACACACACACACACACUGCAUUCACUAUACAGACACUACACAAACAAACACUGCAUUAUAUACAGUGUUUGUGUAGUGUGUUUAUAUAAUGCAGUGUGUAGUGUGUGUAUAGUGAAUGCAGUGUGUUUAUAUAAUGCGGAGUGUGUAGUGUGUAUAUAAUUCAGUGUUUGUGUAGUGUGCAUUAUAUAAACACACACACACUGCAUUCACUAUACAGACACUACACAAACACUGCAUUAUAUACAGUGUUUGUGUAGUGUGUUUAUAUAAUGCAGUGUGUAGUGUGUGUUUAUAUAAUGCGGAGUGUGUAGUGUGUAUAUAAUUCAGUGUUUGUGUAGUGUGCAUUAUAUAAACACACACUGCAUUAUAUAAACAUACUACACAAACACACUGCAUUAUAUACAGUGUGUUUGUGUAGUGUGUUUAUAUAAUGCUGUGUGUGUGUGUGUUUCUGUAGGUAUGUAAUUUGGGGGAGGGGGCAUUUUUUUUAUUUAAAUUUUUUAUUUUUUUAGUUCCCCCUGCCUGCUUGUUACCUGGCCAGGGAGGUGGGAUAUAGCAUUCCCUGGUGGUCCAUUGGCAUGGGAAGUACAGUGGGGGCCCACAGCAAGCGCUUACCUUCCAAGCAGCUCCCUGUGUAUAUCUCCCUAUGGCAACGCUUAGAUGGCUGUGGGACUCGCGAGAUUUACACAGGGAGCUGCUUGGAAGGUAAGUAAGCACUUACUGCGGGCCCCCCGAGGACCGCCGGGCUUGUAAUGGGCCCGGCGGUCCUGGUAUGUAUUAUCGGCAAUAACAGUAUCUUUAUUGGCCGAUGCAGUUAUAAAAUACUGAAUAUCUGCCAAUAAUAUCGGCCAGACUGAUAAUCUGUCGAUCCCUACCCUACACCAUGCCAUACAGAUUUGUUCAAUCUAAUAUUUACCCUGGAAAUGACAAUUCCCUUUUAAUGGCUAUUAAGGUAGAAUUGCCGUAGUCAUAAAAUACCUUGGGACUAUCAAGAGAUAAUGCAAGUGACUAACCAGUGGGGCAUUUAUAUUUCCCCCCUGUUCGUUUCCUCCAUUACAAUCUCCUGAGAGCCAGAUGUUUCUCAGCAGGAGCUUCAGUUAGCUCUUACCUUUGUCUGCUGGGCGAUAGACCAAUGCAGGGCAUAACUCAUUGACUGUCAUUUGACGUUCUCAGCCGAUUAGUGGCACCCCAUCCAAGGCUUGCUCAUUGAAGCCUUGGACAUUGCCUGCAACCAGAAGGCACAGCGUAGUGGCCCUGUCUUCACAACUUGGACUUUAAACUGUUUAUAUAUGGUUUAUCUCUGUGAGGCAAAAUGGAGCCCUUGAACUCCUGGCCACCAUCACACCUUCAUUGAGGUAAAGUUGUAAUGGUGCCUGGAGUGUUGCUUUAACUUCUAAAUCUUGCAUAUACAUUUAAAACAAAACACAGCAUAAUCUGGUAAACGUAACUAUUUUUCUUCUAAGAAAUGUAAAUGUAUGGGAGUGCAGUAGAGAUAAAAUGGCACUCUAUAUAGAGAGAAGCAGAAUAUAGACUUGUGAACGCCUCCUGUUUUGAACCAGAAGGAAAAUGUGUAACCCUGGCUGAAACCAAAAGUGGUUACAUGGGCUUGAAGCCCAAAGUGAUGAGUUUAACUUGCUGGUUUAUCAGAUACAUAGAAUAUUGAACUUUAAAGCAUGUUGUAACAUAUAAAGAAAAAGAAUGAGACUACCAACUGUCUGAAACUGUUUCUGGAAUGUAUCAAGUGCAAAACCGUUGUAAAGCAUCUUCAGCAAGAGCUUGGCAUAUUAUUAUGUACAGUAAAGUAGAAGACUAGCCCUGCAUUAUUUAUAAAAUAAGUGGAUUCCCUUUUCCAUAACCACUUCCAGUUCAAAAUCAUUUAAACAAUAAGAUUAGCCCAUUUUUAUAAUUCUACAAACUCAUUUUAGUGAGGAAUUGGUGUAUUUCCAUGACCAUACAGGAGUGCAUGCUCGCUAAUUUUGAACUCUGAUAAUAGUUUGACUUAGCUAGAGUAGGGCUUGACAAAUUUGCUUGGAAUCUAGGAGCCAGCUAAAAAAGUUUGUCAAAAAUACAUUUCUAAAAGGGACAACAGAACCACUACAUCUUAGUAUAUGUGCAAGCAUUGAAUUGGUGGAGAUCAUAGAGAUUGAGCUCAGCCAUGGAGGCGCAGGGCCAGCUGUGGCGAGACCGGCACGGCAUGGGAAAAUGGUGAGUAAAAAAUCUUUCCCAUGUGAUUGGAAGGGGGCUCGUCACUUACCCGCACUCACUGACCAACACACAUUGAUGUGACAAACACUGAUACUGCAACAUACAUUUUCACACACUCCCAAAUGAUUUUUUUUUAAAUUCUUUAUUUUUGUUGUGCAAGCAGUUAACCAAGUUUCAUUCAUCAUGACUUUGUUUAUGAACAAGAAAAAUAACUACUAUUACAAAACGAGCAUGAAUGAUAUUCUGCAAAUUAUUUUGUAAAAAGACAAGAACAGAGGAAAAUCAGUGCUGCAUAGUACAUAAUAAAGAACUGCUUUAGACAAAAAAGGCAACAUAGAAAAAUACAUCUCUGCAGAUAAUGUAUGGAUUAGCUGAGCACUUCAACAGAAGACUAGAUUUAAAGUGUAGCAAUACUGCCGAAGUACAUAAUCAUAUGCCAAGAACUAAAAUAUUGAUAGUAGGACAAAUAGAUUAUACUUCGAGAAAAGACCCCAACAAAGGUCCAAAACAAGCUAAAAAAAAUUGGGAUAUACAUAGGACACUCCGUUGGAGACUGCUGCUGCUGCAAAGGCCACCUCUGCCUACUCCCAUUCGAGGUAUGAUUUGUAAGAAGUAGGUAAGUGGAGCAAGGAGUCGAUGGUGUAGUCGAGGAUGUUAUUUUUUUAUUUUAAUGUGUCCCCUACACUUGGAAGAGCUGGAGUGGAACAGCAUUCGCUUGGGUCCAGUGGGGAUGCUGUCCUCUUUCUUCUCUUCUCGAUAGGGAUGUUUGAGUGAGGUCACUGGAGAUUACAGCUCCCUCGCCACCUCUACUCUCCCUGUGCUGGCUGGCCUGCCACCUCCCUAUUCUCUCCCUGAACAGGCUGGCCAUCUGCACCCAGUCAGCCGUCUGCACGCCUUCGCUCUCCCUCAGUCUCCCGCCUGCCUCCACUCCCAGUCAGCAGGCCACGUCGGGUUCAACAGACUGACAAAACCCAGGCACCAGUACAAAAUUCCUAGUUGUUACGGCAAACUGGUACCUGGAACUUGUGGGGUCCUGGAUUAGUGUAAACCGCAACCAUGUCUCUUAAAUGCUUCGUUUUAGGUUGGCCUACAACAUGCCUCUGGAAUCACUGUUAAGCCAUAACUGCUUUGCUAAAGGUUUGUUGAAAGGGAGAAUUAUUUAUUUUAUUUUUUUAUUAAAUUUUGUAAUUGUUACAGUUUUUGUGCCGGUCAGCAGAGAUCUAAUUUCUUGUUGUUUUAAUAGUUUUUCCUUUGAUAAUUAGUCCAUAAUACAAACAAUGGGUAUGGACACACGAUAACUCAAUUUAUAUAAAACACGUUGUUUAAAAGCGAUCACAAGCUGAUUUAAGCAGAUGACACUGCUGCUGUGCUCCAUUUCUCUUUGGGUCCCAGAAAUAAAUAUUGACCAAAUGCGUGUUUUUAGUAAACCGCAUGUCUUGUACAUCUUGCUCCUUGCUGUGUCUUCUCUUAUGUUGAUGGAUCCACACACCUGUUUAACCAGUUCAUAUUUGUCCAAAUUUUUUUACUUCUUUCAUACAUGAAUACUUUUUAAAUUCUUGUUGGCCGGCUUAUUGUUGUUGACGCUGUUGUAAUGUCUUGCAGUUUUUCUGCUUUCAAACUGGUUUUCAGCUGGCUGUGUAGCAUAUUUGGUGGGAACCAAUUUUUUUCAGUUCUGAUUCUCCAAAGUCGCACACUACUCUAAAGAAACACACUUUUUUAAUUUUUUGUUUUGCAAUUUAGGCUAGCCAGGACAUCUGCCACCUUAGUUCUGUGGACCUAACAGAACUAGAAGAAAACUUUCCUGACUCAUUCAGAUCAUGUGUUUCUACCCCAAAUUAUAAAGGUGCCAAAUAAUAUAUCUUUAUAAUCUGUUGCAAAUAUUAGACUCCAGACACACAAAGCUGUUCAUCUAGCUAAAGUACUUUAUUUGUGUGGAGUGUUCUUUUAUAAAACUUUCUGAACUUCACACACCUGUCUCAACCUCAUUUCAGAUACGGACACACACCUAAUUGUAUUUAUUUAUCUCUGUUUUGAGCUAUAAAAUUUCAUCUUGGUAUUGAUACCAAGGUUUAUUCUUUGGAAUAGACUUUUUUUUUUUUUUAAACUAAAUAAAAGGGAACAUCGGAAUAAAGUUCUUAUAAUGCCAGGAAGUCCCUGAUGCUGGCUUAUCUUUAGGUGUAAAAAAUAUUUACAAACCAUUUCACCCCAAAGUCUUAACCCCUUAAGGACCGGCCUGUUUUUGCAAUGUUGUACGUUAAGGACCAGAGCAGUUUUGACACUUUUGUGGUGUUUGUGUUUAGCUGUAAUUUUUCUCUCUCUCAUUUAUGGUUCCCAUACAAGUUAUAGGUUUUUUCAGGACAAGAAGGGCUUUCUUUACAUACCAUUAUUUGUAUCACGUCAUAUAUUUUAUUUAAAAUAAUUAAUAAAAUAUGGUGAAAAAUUGAAGAAAAAAAAAACAUGUUUUUGGACUUUUACUUGAAAAAUCUUUUACCUAUUUACAAAAGCUAAUGAAAAAAACUGCUAAAUAUUCAAAAUUUUGUCCCGAGUUUAAAAACACCCAGUGUUUACAUGCUUUAUUUCCUUUUUCUUUUUUUUUUGCAAGUUAUAUGCCUAUAAAUACAAGUAGGAAAUUGCUGUUUCAUAUAUAUAUAUAUAUUUUAAUUUAUCAAUAGUGACAUUGUAACACCGUUAUCUGUCAUAAAUCCCCGAAUCACACCUCACAUGUACAUAUUUUUUUAAAGUAGACAACCCAGGGUAUUCAAAAUGGGGUAUGUCCAGUCUUUUUUAGUAGCCACCUAGUCACAAACACUGGCCAAAGUUAGCAUUUAUAUUUGUGUGUUAAAAAUGCAAAAAACGCUAACUUUGGCCAGUGUUUGUGACUAAGUGGCUACUAAAAAAGGCUGAACAUACCCCAUUUGCAAUACCUUGGGUUGUCUUCUUUUGCAAAUGGUAUGCCAUCAUGGGGCUAAUUCUCAUUCCUAGGCUACCAUACGCUCUCAAAGGCACCCUAACCAAUCUGACAAAUUGUCAAUAAAAAAAAAGUAAAAUCAAGCCUUAUAUUUGACCCUGUAACUUUCACAAAAACUAUAAAACCUCUACAUGUGGGGUACUGUUCUACUCAGGAGAUUUUGCUGAACACAAAUAUUAGUGUAUCAGAACAGUAAAAUGUAUCACAGCAAUAAUAUCAGUGAAAAAUGAAAAAAAGUCACUUUCACUGAAAAUAUAAUCGCUGUGAUAUGUUUUACUGUUUUGAAACGCUAAUAUUUGUGUUCCGCGAAGUCUCCUGAGUAAAACAGUUCCCCCCCAUGUACAGGUUUUAGGGUGUCAUAGAAAGUUACAGGAUUAAACACAGUGCUAGCAAAUUAAAUUCUCUGGACUUUCGGCCUGGGUUGGCAGGCAGGUCCCUCAAAUUGCAAUCAUUAAAAUUACUUAAUUAGGUAAAAUUAUUACAUAAAUACGCACAUAGAAUUUUAAUAUAUAUACAUAUUUAUAUAUUUGACGUCUACGUGUAUAUUUAUGAAAUUAUUUAUGUAAAUAUGUAUAUGGACAUAUGUAUAUUUCGUAUUUUUUUAUAUAUAUAUAUAUAUAUAUAUAAAUAAUCAUUACAUUCUAAGUGUAUAUUGAUAUAAAUAUAUAUUAAUAUCAAAAUACUGUUAGAAUAAAAUUACAUAUAUAAUUUAAUUAUUAAUUUUUUUUACUUUUUAUUUAUGUUAACAUAUUUAUAAUUUAUUAUAUAUUCAAUAUAUAGUUAUUAUAUAUUGUGUAUAUGUUUAAAUUAUUAAAUUAAAAGUGUAUUUUUAUAUUAUUAUACGUGUAUAUGUAUAUGUGUGUGUAUGUGUGUAUAUAUAUAUAGCGCAGGCAGAUACAGGCACCUAUUGCAGUCAUGUGAUCACGUGGCCGCGGGGUCCUGAUCUACCGAGGGGAGACUGCCCGGGCGGGCAGAGAGGCAGUCCCUCUGGACUGGGAGGAGCGCUGAUCGCCGCCGGGACACCGAUGGCAAUCGGGUAAGUAGCCCCAGACGGUUAUGACGGUUCAUGUCCGUCAUCGGUCCCCAAGGGGAUUUUUCGAUGAUGGUCCUGAACCGUCAUCGGUCGUCAAGGGGUUAAAUCCAACUCUGUUUAGCUCUGUCCCUGUCCUGCUUCUCCGAUUUAUUUAUUUUAAACUUUAAUUCUUGAAGCCUUAGAAAGAGGUGCUUGGUUGAGGGUGUUAACUGGCACUCCAAUUACUUAGAUGUCUAAGGACCGGGUGGUCUAAAACAUGUAAGGAAGAUUUUUCUUUGGCUUUUGUUUUCUCCUGUUUAUAUACCUUGUGGAAUAAACCUUUCAUUUUGAAAUUGAAGCACUCUUAUUUAUGGCAUUUUUUUUUUUUUUUCUUAGCUGUCACUCCAAGUCAGUACCUUCCCCUUCAUAACAAAAACAGCUUGCGAAAAAUACAUUUUCUCAAGCCAUUUGUUGAGUGGGAGCUACUGAUUGGCUUACGCCAUCAGCCAUACCUUCAUAUUCUGAGACAUUGAUUUCUAUUCCAUACUUCUUGUGGUGAGGAGUUGUGUGUGGUUUUCCAGUGGCUGGCUAUACUAGUCUUUGUUGCUGUUAGUAGGUGUAUGAUAACAUGUCUGUUGUUGUCUAGCAGCAGUUCUGGGGAGAGGUGGAGUAAGUAGCAUUCCGGUGUGAACGGUAUUUUGCGUAUCGUUAAAAUUUCCAUAGCUUUUCCUAUCGUUCGCCACAGCUUACUCAGUAGUGGGCAAUCCCAAAAUAUGUGUCUCAUGCUUCCUUUGUGAAGGGUGCAUCUCCAACAUACAUUUGAGGCCGAGGGGUACAUGCUCGCUACCUUGGUAGGUACUAGGUACCACCUCAUCAGUAUUUUACAGUACGCCUCCCAGUGGGUCAGGCUAUGUGACACUUUCCUUCUAGUCUGAAUUGUUUGUAGCCAUACUGGAUUGGGGAUAUUUGUUUAGUUCUGCCUCCCAUUGUUCUAUGUAUUUGUGUUUGCAUAGUGGGUCAGCGUCAUUUAGUGCCGUGUAGCAUAGGGAUAGUGGUUUUAGUUGUGGACGUUUGCCUAUACAGUAUAGCCUAAAGUUUGUUAGUUGUGUUUCAUUGCAAUGGCGGGUUUGUAGGGAUUGGAGAAUGUUCGGUUCUGAUGUAUGUGAAAAUGUCCCUAGAGGGGAGUGCAUAUUCCUGUUGAAGUAUUGGGAAUGUUUUGAGGCCUGUCUCUGAGUAUACUUGUGCCACCGAGGUUAUUCCCUGUUGUCGCCACGUUUCCAUAUUUAUAUCGUUUGAUAGAUCUGAGAUUAUUUGUAUCGGUGCGAAGUAAAUAAUGUUGUUUGUGCUGGUGAGUGGACUUGCCCAUUUCCUCCAGCUGUUAAUUAAGAAUCUCGUACUGGCCAUGGGUUAAAAGAUCGCAGCAUAGAGUUUGUGUGUAGUCUUAUGCAGGCAUUUUCUAGGGGGGCCCAGAUUACGGGAGUAGUGCGGGAUAAUGCAUCUAGCCCUUGUGCUAGGGCCGCUGCUCUAUAAUAUGCCCUAAUAUUUGGGUGCCGAGGCCGCCUUUGGAUGGUGACAGCCAGGAGGUAUCGGAAUUUGUACUUCAUCUAUGUUUACUAAUGUGGCCUUGUCUACUAAGCACAUGUCAAUUCUGGAAUAGGGUCUAUGUACCUGCAAGAAAUAUGUGGUCUUUCUCUUGCGGGUAUGUAGAUCUCCAAGCAUUGUAGAGGUUGUUGGUGGAGAGUCUUUUGCCUAAUUUCUUGCAAUUGGAGAUCGCGUGUGGGGUCAGGGGUUUGUUUUGUUCCCUUUUUAAGUCUAAUGUCGGGUCUAGGGUACAAUUAAAGUCCCCGCAUAUGAUUGUGUGGCCGGUUCGGAUUUUGUUUAUUAGUUUAAUAGAUUUGCGGAUAAAUGCAGUUUGAGCCUCGUUUGGGGCGUAUAAUGAGACAAUGGUAUCUAGCAUGCCAUUCAAGUUACCCACUAGGAUCAACAGUCUGCCCAUUUUGUCUGUGUCUCUUGUUUUCUUGAAAUACCCAGUCUUUGUGGAAGAGAAUGGCAACCCCUCUGGAUUUAUUAGGUGAGUAUGCGUGGAAUAUUUGGGGGUACUGGUUGGAGCGAAGCUGGUGUGGAUUGUGGAUGCAGAAAUUAGUCUCCUGGAGACAAACCACAGCGGACUUUGAGUUAUGCAUAGCUUGGACUGCCAGGCGUCUUUUACGUGGGCUGUUUAGGGAGUGUAUUUUAAAUGUGGCUAUCGCCAUACUAUUAUGUAAGUAAGGGUUUGCUUAUGUAACCUGUGCCAAUAGAGCUCGUUUGUCAGGUUCGUGCGGUCGUGUUUCAACCUGGCAAAGGGGUCUUGGUUUAGUGUGUGUUUGUCGUGUUUUAUUAUACUGUGCCUGUUUGGUUGUUGUUUCUCCUCGGAUGUGAUUUGGACGGCAGUUCAGAUUGUUCACGUGUCAAGUUAGUGUCGUGUGUUUGGGACAUAGUAUUAGGUAUACCUUCAAAGAACAACAUAAAGCAUAUCAUUACAGUUAUUAAAAACAUGGUUAAACUUAAAUGGAAAGAACUUGGGUUAACCUGCAUAACGUGCAGGGGCAUAUUUGCCUCUUGUGGCAGCUGCCUUCUGUCUAACUUCGGGCAGUGGUGGUGUCUCCAGAGUCACUUAAAGAGUGUCUAUAAUCGUAGUGUUACACUUCACCAUAGAUAGUUUUGUAAGGGGGUCUCAGUGGCUAGGAUCGUAUCUAUGCUGAUGCGUCCCUACAUAUUACAUACCAUAUGAGCGGGAUUAGCGUGUCAAUUAGUACAUAGGGUAGUGGUAUGUCCCACGUGACAUUUGGGUUCAGUUAUUUCUAUCGGCAACGUUAGCGUGGGUACUACAAAUCGGGGCUUAAUACACCGCUAUUGUGCAUUGCAUUGGUAUUAUAUACAUGGCUAACAUUGUAUGGUAUAGUAUUGCGCACAUAACAUUUUUGAUACUUAAGUGAACUAAGCAACUCUGGAACAGCAUAGUAAUGUCCGGAAUGUUAGUCCUCAUUUAGUUAGUUCAAAUUUUUUUUGGUUGUGACUUUUGGGGAUAGUUCUGUCCCAGGUUGUGGUGGAGGCCCCAUUCUUUGAUCUUCGCCAUUCCAGCUUCUGGAUUAUCUCAGUUUUACCUCUGUGCCAUAUCAGUAGCUUGGUCAGGUAUCCCAAUCUGUACGGUAUUUGAUGGUUGCAUAGGGUUUUGGUUAUGUUGAUGAAUUCUCUUCUUCUUGCCAUGGUUGCUGCUGACAGGUCGGCAUAUAUGCUGAUGUUUUGGUAUGGGUCUGGAAGUUGCUCCAGUUUUUUCGUCGCGUUUAGUAUUGUUUCUUUAGUUUUAUAAUAAUGGAAGCGAACUAUCACAUCUCUCGGUGUGUCCGCUGUGAAUCUUGCCGGUCUGGGUAGUCUGUGUACCCUGUCGAAUGUCCAAGAGGCAGCUUCGAGAUGCGGUACCAGGGUAGUGCAUAGGGCCUGUAAGUGUUGUGGAAGAGCGUCUGCUGAUAUUGUAUCUGGUAUUCCCCGAAAUCAGAGAUUAUUUCUGCGAGAUCUGUCUUCCAUAUCAGCCACUUUCAUUUUUAGGGCAGCCUGGUCGCUUUCUAAUUUCUGUAGUUGAUCCACCAUAUCGCUGUGUGCCGAGCAGAUUUCUUCUGCUUUGUUUUCUAAGCGACUUGUGCGUUCACCUAGUUCCUGGAUGUCUCUCCUGAUUUCUUUGGUGAUUUGUUUAAAGUCCGCUCUUUGAGAGCUUGUAGCAUGGUGUGGAGACUGUGGUUGGUGACCAGUGCUUCUCCAUGAGGGGUUUGCCCUGUGUUCUCAUCCGUUUGAGUGCCUGGGUCUGGGAACUGUAUGGCUGUGUUGUCGCCAUCUUGUUUUUGCCGCGGGCGAUCUUUCUUGUUGGGUCGGAUCGAUUCCGCUAGUUUGAGCUGUUUGGAGGGUGCCAUGAGGGUUAGGAAGGUGAGUGCUCCCAGUAGUUAUGUUUUUAUGCGUUAAUGGCUCAAUAUUUGUUGCUUUCUUUUUGUCUUUUUAAUGUCUUUAUUAUUGCUCAAAGUCUGAUGUAAUCUGUAAGUGUAGCACUUGCUCACUGUGCUUAGAGGGUACAGCCAUACUUCCCUGCUGAGGAUCUAAACUAAAGGUCUAAAACUCAACUAACCUUAUGGCCAUGCUGUAUUCUUCUUUGAGGAUCACUUGGUAAAUUGUACAAAUUACACGCCAGACAAUCAGUUUUUGCUGCAGAACACCUGAUUGUGCUUUUGCUGAGUCAGGUGGCAGUUUGUAUUAAUGUGACGGUGUAUUUGCGCAGCAUGUAUGAGAAUGUGUUGUUGCAUUGAGACUGUGAAAAUGAGGGGGUGGGAAGAGGGUUUGCAGAGUAUGUGUGCUAGGGUAUAUUUUUGCAGGGUAAAAGUGGGGUGUCCAACUGGUGUUUGUGUAGUAUUUUUGAGUUGUGUAUAUUGUGGGCAUUUUCCUUUUUCUUCAUAUAUGGAACACAAUUUAUAAUGAAUAAAAUUAAAAAAAAAAACUUUGAGAAAUUAAGAUUUAAAAAACAUUUGUAGUUCCGCCUGACAUUUUAGCUGUAAAUGUCCUAAUACUGUUGGCUUUUACUGCAAUAAAAUGCACAUAUUUGUAUUCAGCAAAGUCUCACAAGUACAACAGUGCCCCCACAUUAGUAAUGUUACCUUUGAGACCAUGUGGUAGCCCAGGAAUGAGAAUUACCCCCAUGAUGGCAUACCAUUUGCAAAAGUACACAACCCAAGGUAUUGCAAAUAGGGUAUGUCCAGUCUUUUUAGUAGCCAGUCACAAACACUGGCCAAAGUUAGCGUUCAUAUUUGGUUUUGUGUGAAAAACAAAAAAAACAAAUAUUGUGGCUACUAAAAAAAACUGGACAUACCCCACUUGCAAUACCUUGGGUUGUCUACUUUUGCAAAUGUACGUCUAGUACAGAUGGAUAAAUACUAGGAUAACAGGGUCUAUUGUAGUCCUACUCACGUGUAGUAGAGCUUGAACUAGCUCUAGUAUGGAUGGCAUACAGCGGUACAAUCCUCGCUUAUAGGAUACGUGAAGAGGUGUAGAUCUUGUAUCAAUGUGUAGACCAUAAAGGAAGAGAAACAACUAAUAGUGCUUACUGUAAAAAUAUAUAUCGUAGGCGUAUAAAUAAUAAAAUGUGUACUUGCAUAUGAUGCUCAAUGACUCUAGCGUAAGUGGUAUCCCCACCUAGGAUUUCUUUUGGAGUAAUACUCGACAGGAAAGCUAUCAGGAUACCAAGCAGCAAUAAUAAAAAUAAAAUACUAAAAGUGUCUAAAAAAAUUUAAUAUUAAAAAAGUAAUAUGGCACACAGUAUAUUAAAAGUAGCCAAAAUACCUUUAUUGGAACACAAAAUAAAUUUUAAAAUAUCCACAAAGCGUUUCACCUGUGAGGGCUUUCUCAAGUGGAGACAGAAAAAAAACAUGCUUGGUUAGGUAGGGUUUAUAUAGGGGACUGAUUACUAAGCAGAUGAAGAAUUGGCACCCAAAAGACGUCAUAGUUAAAUUGCAUUUUCAAAAUACAAUAAAAAACACAUAUGCAUAGAUUACAAUUUAAGGUGGUUAUCCAUAAAUAAUGGCUGUAACUAAGCUUUAGAAAUGUGUUAAAGCAGCACCACGUGACUUAUUGCUAGGUAUAUUGAGAAAUGUAGUGCAGAGGGGGAGGGGCAUGCAGUUCACGGCCAGAUGGGCCGAACUAAGGGGGAAAUGGAAGGCGUCUCUAUUAAGAGAGACGGAGUGAAGGGGCGUGGUCAAUGACCGCGAGCAGAGGAUUAGGAUGCAGCAAAGAUUUUAGUAAGAGUGAAGGGGCUGGUAAUAUACAUAGAAAGUGGCAGAAAUGUUAUGAGUGGGGUGCUGGGUAUCUUGCCAUUAGGGCAGAACAAUGAUGUAAGGGUUUUUAAAUUAGAAAAAAAUGGGAGAAGGGGAUACUUUAAAGGGAAUAUAAACUAUUAUUUGACAAGGGUAUUGGGGAUAUUAACUUAUUAGGGUGAUAUAUAAGCAAUAUUAAUAAAGCAUAAAUAAAUAAUAAACCGUGAAUUAAGCGGGGUUUGUACCACUGUAUGCCAUUCAUACUAGAGCUAGUCCAAACUCUACCACACGUGAGUAGGAUACUAUAGACUCUGUUGUCCAUACAUUUACCUUCUGUACUAGACUUAUUGCACCAUCAUUGUCUCCACAUACGGAGCCGAAGAAUUUGUUUCCAUCCAGUCCACCUAUAGAAUAUCUUCCUACAUAGACCAUUGGGUGUCCCAUCUGGCAUAAUCUAGGACUCUGUUUCGGUAUUUUAUCUUUUAGUUUUUUUUUUUUUUAGUUUUUUUUAAGGAUAUUCCAUCAUAUUUCGGACUUUUCCACACAUAUCAAUCAUUGUCUGUUUUGGCGCAACCUCUCUUUGCUUUGUCUUUUGUACUAUGUUUGUUAAUAGGCCUUAGAGGGAACCAACUUUUGAGGUUUUGCUGCCUUUCACACUGCGAGUAUUGGUUUAUUUUAGCGCUGCUUGUUUUUGUAUUUCUCAUUCUGUAUUUAAAUGUGCGUAGGGAUUUGGGAUAGUGCGCAAGUACCUUUUUGUUUCCUAUGUUUUUAAAAUUUUAAGGAAUAGCAGUACUUCAAGGGUUUAACUGUAUAUCGUACUUUAGAAGCUGCAGUUUGGAGGAAGCAUUUGAGAACCAAGGAAAUAGUAAGAUCUGUGUUCUUGUUUAGUAAAUAAUAAAUAAUUGAAAUUUUUAGGAGCCCACAUUAUUAUGUGGGCUUUUAUUGCCACUUAUAAGUUUUCUAAAGAGAAAAAUAAACAGUAUGCAAAUACAUCUGUUUUUGAUACCAUGUUAUGAUGUGUAUACCUGUAUAUUGCUUUAGGAUAAAUACUGGUAUGUAUCAUGUGAAAAAUGCCUAAAGAGAAAGUUGUGAGGCCAGUAGUAGUAGCUGCAGUAAAGUCUUGUUUAAUAUUAGAGUUGUGAAAUAUAUAUAUUUUUUAUUAUUCAUUACAUUUGUUACUGCAAAAGCCUUCCAGCAGUAUUUCCUUUGUCUUGCUAUGAUUUUUCUCCAAAAACUAUUAGGUUACCUCUUGAGUGUGUUUAAUUUUUUUUUUUUUUUUAAACAAAUUUUUGGAACAGUAAUAGGACAAGAUGGGUUCUCCCACUAAUGUUUGGUUUUUGGAAGAUAACUGUUCCAGCUUAUUGAUUUAUUAAUGUAGAGUUAAACUAAAAUACCGUAUUUACUCAAAUCUAAUGAGCCAUCUAAUACGCAUCACAAUUUGGAAACCUGGAAGAUGAAAAAUGUUUUUGCUGGCGAAUGUAAUGCGCAUUUAUACAAGAAGAUACUACUAUACAACAUUGUGCUACAAUGAAAAUGUUUAUUGCCAUAUACCAUAGUAACAUUGAUGGCAUUUCAAUUUUAGUGUUACAUGUUUAGCUUAUUCUUUUUUAAGCCCUUCUUCAGGAACGAAAUUCACCUAUGUUAAUUUGCCUGUUUUACUUCAAUGGAAUGCAAUUUGCUGGAAAAUGUCUAAUUGUGCCACAACUAUAAUGCGCAUUUCAAUUUUGGAAACUUUAUUUUACAAAAAAGGUGCGCAUUAGAUUAGAAUAAAUACGGUAUAUUUUUCUGUAUUGACUUAUUGGCAUGUCUUUGAUGUCCCACCCUCUAAGUUUUUAAAAUUUAGAUUAUAUAACUCUUACCUUGUUUCCAGUAUGAAGUCUCAGUUUGUGCAGCCUCCUGCUCUGCCUCUGGUGUCAUCUCUUGCAUGCUAAAUCCUCUGCCUUCUUUUUUUGUUUUAACCCCUUAAGGACACAUGACUUUUAUUCCAGAAGUUUGGUCCUUAAGGGGUUAAAUUGUUUUUAUUUUGCAUGUAAAAUGGUGGUAGUAGAUAUAGAUCAUAUGCGAAGAUUUAAUGCACUGUUGCCUUCGCAGAGGCAUUAUAAAUCAGAGAAUAGACAUAUGUUGACUUUGGUCGCCUGCGCAGAGGCAUAAAAGGCUACCUUUAUAGGCAUUAUUAGAUCCAUUUGCGUUUAACCAAUGUUGGCAUAGUGCACUACACAGAAAUAACUUGUUCUGGUUUGACUAAUGGCAAUUUACUAACACAUAGCAAUAGUGCUUGUAAUAACAGAGUAUGUGAACUUAUGUUGCUUAUACUAGUAAUACGGAUUUUCUACAUGCUUGAAGCUUAAUCCAGAAAAUCAAAUAAAGUUUGCGGCCAUAUGUUAAACUUGGAUUACAUUUGCCCUCCGGCCUAACUGCUUAGUACGUGUUGAGAGAAUUAUGGGGUUGGAUAGCAUAUAUUUGUAUCGGCUAAGGCGCUGACAUGCGGGUAUCCUUUAUAUAGUGCAGCAAUCUGGCUAUGAAGCCCUUUUGACUUUGGUGAAUUAGGCCUAAAAUAAGACAUUUUGGUAUACCUAUUUUAGUAUAACAUAGAAUUAUAUGGCAAACUAGAGAUGCAUUUAUCAACAUACUUAUUUUAAGUAAAAAGCAAUCUAAUCUACUAUAUGCAUACAGGUUGGCUAAUAGCUAUGUGCCAAGUUAAUUUAGUUAAAGGCUGGUAAGCAGAACUUGCAGUAUUAUCCCCAUAUGUUAAGGUAAUUAUUACACGGUCCAAAUCUGUCCGUUGUAACAUGUCGAAUUAUAAAAAAAAAAACAACUUAUGACAAAUGAAAUAUAUGAAAAUUUAGAAAUACGAAAAUAUGGGUAUGUAGGGUACCAGCAUAAUGGUCCGAUCUGGGCUGUUCAUGGCACAGCAACAACAUGACUCUGGGUUUCCAUCUGUCCUCCCCAGACAGGACACUGUCCACCUGCAGGGCUUUCUGUGCCUCCGUGGGCACUCAGGGCCAGAGACCAUCCACAGGACCCCCACACAUAGGGUCUGAGCGCCCCCGUCCCCUGCACCUCUCAAGCUUCUGUGGAGUGUAAGCCCCCAUCUCUCCUGGCGCCUGCCACACACUUGGGGAUGAUGCGCAUCCCUCAAGUCCACCGGUCCGCCGGAAGGCCUGCAUCUUCUUGAUCCACAGGACUCGUAGCACCAGGGACUCAACUCCCUGAGGACCCCCCACAGACUCGGUAAGUCCGGGCCGUCACUCCUUCGGUGGGCAGUUAAUAGUCCCCUUCAUGUCUUUCUUUCGUCGUAAUGAGCUUGUAUGUAAAAUGGUCCCCACGACUCUCUUACUGGCGGGCUUCUUUUCGGCAGCCUUUGCCAGUUCAGGAGGGCAGUCUGGGCCCAGCACAGGGGAACUCCCGUCUCGGCGCAUGUUGCCUCCAUGAGGCCAGAUAACCCCACCGGCCCGAGCCAGCAGCGUCCUUUGCCUUGGUAAGUUGCUUUUGUUUUUCUUUAAGUCGUCUGUGUCCAGGCGCGGAGGAUCGGCAUGUAUUCUGACCGACUCAUGGUCACCAGAGUCUGGUUUUGCGGCCCCCGGGUAGGCCUUGAAAGUCCUUUACGGUGCUCACAGCCUUCUUUUAGGGUCUAAUUGGUAUCUUUUUAAAGCUGGUGUUAUCCUUCACUUUAUUUCAGCGGGUAACCUGGUCUUUGUGCCUUCUGUGGCCGUUUCAGAGCCAGUUUAGUUUGUUUGGGCCGGGAGCCGUGUUCGUCUGCCCCCCCCCCCCCGCCUUCUUAACAGAGUAGUGUGUGUGUGCGUGUUCGUUCAUACCAAGGAAAUAUCGAGUGUAGUAUCUGCAUUUUUCCUGCUGCAAGAUAGAUGCCGAUGUGUGUGUAAAUAUGAGCAUGUUUGUCCAUGAGAGAAAAAGAAAAAAAGGAUAUUCAUGGCUGGUUAGUUCCGCAUAGGAACUGCACUACAAUUAGGGCUGAGAGAGAAGGAAACACAAAAUUUGUGAGUAUUAACUUGUUCGCUCAAGGAGGCCUAACAAUACAAUACAAAACAGAUGCAGAAUUGUAUGUACACAUUAAUUGGUUUAUACUCUACACGGCUAUGCACGCUGAGAAAGGUGGAGGCCCAGGAGUAUGAAGUUGUAGACUUGAUGGUACAGGGAAAAGGAGAAAAAGUCAAAGUAUAUACAGUCCCGUCCAUUCUCAGUUUACAUGGCCUGUUUCGUAAUGGGAUUCGUGCAGAGAGAGGCUUAGACUCCAGAAUGUGUAUGUUUAAACAUGGUAGUCCAAGGAAAUAGAGAAAACACAAAAAUAAAAAAAAAGUACAUACAGUUUCAGCCCUUUGGAGUACAUAUGUUCAGUGUUUGCCAGUUGCUGACCACUAAAACUUAGAAAUAUGAAUACCUAUUGCCUGAGACAUGUAGUUUCAGGUUCUAGGCAAGCUGUUUUUUCUUCUUGCGCCUUUAGUCCUGCUGUGCGCUAGCGGCAGGGAUUCUACACGUAGGGACAGAGAGCAUGUGGUCUUCACACCCGGCAGGUACAGACUACAGUUAGCAUUCCCUUGUAGUCCGGGUCUCACUAAUGAGUUUGACUACAGUGGAGUUGCAAAACUUUUCCAGAUCAGAUGUUUGUUUUGUUUUUGGAUUUAAAUUGAGAAAAUUCUUUGUGCAUAACUCUUAGUGUGCAGGGUUUUAGGCAGUUGUCAUGACAGGCUUGUAGAUUGGGCUACUGCUUUAGUCCCUUAGAAAAGUAAAUUUGUAAAGAGGGGAAAAAAAAAAAAAGUCAACACCGCUGCACUAAAUAUCAAGGGACACUGCUGGUGGCUUUCUGUUGAGAAGGCCCUUUGUCCCUUUUUAAAAACUUUUUUUUAAUUUAAUGUGAUUAUAGUUGUAUCGGAGUUUAGAAUCUGUGCAUGGCCUGUCAUUAUGUUCUGACAGAAAUUAAUGGCAAUUUAUUUUUUGGAAUUUUUUAUUUUUGUCGUAUAGGUAGGUACAUUGCAAGAUCAAACGACACAGCGUACACGUGGUAUACAGUUUAAACAGUGGCAUGAGUGCAUGCACAUUUUUUGGGGUACAUAAACAAGCUUAACGUAACUUAUGAGUAUUCGUAUUAAGGUGUGGUACACAUAAGGUAAGAGUGAGGUACAAAAAAAAGGUAUGUAGAUUAGGUCUAGCUUGAUAUAAAAUAAAAGUUUUAAAGUGGUCUCAACAUUGGUUGAACUAGCACGUUACUUGUAAGGAAAGGAAGACGAGGUGUUGCAUCAGGUUAGUGGUCUGACCCAUCGUGUGGUGCUAGUGGUGCCAGCUUAGUUAACUAAGGCAGAUCUCCCUUGUGUGAGUUGAAAAUGAAAUAAGAAACACUAGGCAUAACAUUGCUAAUAUAUAUCAAGAACAUGCUAGGUCUGCUCUUCUUAUUGGUUAGUAAACUGAACAUGUCUGGCUUGCAAGAUAUAACUGGCUGCUACUGCGUAAUACUAAAUUGUUGAAACAUGCUUAUGCAGGGUAUGUCUGCGGAUGGGUAAUUAUUCUUAGCAUUCGGGCUGGGUACAAAUCCUGCCAUUAUUGUUACGAGACCUAUGAGCUUGCUAUAUUCAGUGAUGACUGAGAGCCUAUGGAAUCAGAUUCUAAAAGAAAAUAAAUACUGGAUAUAUAGACAACAGGCUUGUUACUAACGAAACAAAAAAAAACAUGAGAUAGGAAUCCCUAGAACAUGGCUGUCCUGUGUGAAACAAGGAGCUUGCUAGACAUGUCAGGCAAUGAGGUGAUUCAUGCAUUAUAUAUGUAAUUGUGCUAUAAAGAAGGCAACUGCAUAAAUAAGAGAAGAAAGAUAAAAGCGAAUUCAAGUGAGCCUUGCUGUUGAGAGUCCACACUGGGGUGCUUAGCCGAUGCCUGUUAAUGGCAGGCCGGCAACUCUGCUGCCCUGUCCCCGAUCGUUGGGAGUUGAACCUGCCAGUUCCUGUUGCUGGGGCUCUUGGUGCAUUUGGAUGGUAGGUAUUAGGGAGUCCCGUGUGCAUCUGGGGUAUGACUUGCCUUUGACUGUGGGGCCCAUUGGUACGGUGCCGUCUCCCAGGUGGUACAGUGUGCAUGAGAGAGUAGUAGUUUGGGGGUAACCCUGGGGUGAGCCCCUGUUGAGGCUGUGGGUGACUCACCAGCAGUCGAGUUUUGGGGUCUGGAGCUUGCAUCGGGUUCCUCCUUCUCCCUGCUCUCCAGGUCCCUCUGGGGGUCCUAACCGGCGCUGCGGGUCUCUGCCUGGAAUCCCCUGGGGUUGUUGCAGGUGGAACCUCUGACUCAGUCUCAUGCUACCACUAGAGUGAAAGCACUGCCAGCAUUCAAAAGUGACCAAAACAUCAGCCAGGAAGCAUAGGAACUGAGAAGUGGUCACCACCUGCAGAACCACUCCUUUAUUGGGAGUGUCUUGCUAAUUGCCUACAAUUUCCACCUGUUGUCUAUCCCAUUUGCACAACAGCAUGUGAAAUUGAUUGUCACUCAGUGUUGCUUACUAAGUGGACAGUUUGAUUUCACAGAAGUGUGAUUGACUUGGAGUUACAUUGUGUUGUUUAAGUGUUCCCUUUAAUUUUUUUGAGCAGUGUAUGAGUAACUGGUCCUGUCAUGUUUAAAUUGAUGCAUGUAUUGUUUGCAUUAUUCAUCUCAUUCAUUUAUCAUUCAUAAAUAAAGAAUUGAGAAAAAAAAACACAAUACUUUGUUUUCCUGAACGAACAUGUCAUUAGGCAACACAAUUAUAUUGAAUGUUACUAUUUUAAAGUCUUGGGAAUUGAUGUCAAUUGCAUACAUCAAGCAUGUCAAACCUGCGGUCCACAAUUAAUAUUUUUGCAGCCCGUCUGCCCUGGGGCCGCUUUGUGCUGUGGCUGCGACCAACCGCAAGACAGGAAAGCUCUUUCCUGUCUUCCCUCCCACUGCCACAAGAGUGCAGAGUGUCUGUCUGCAAAGCUUGCCAGCCACUCCACCUUCCCUCCUACUCGCAGUGCCAGAGGAGCGUUUGGCCUGUUUGAGCAGAGAAGAGCAAAGCUGGGACAGUGUGUUAGAUGAGUGGAUGGGAGGGGGGGCAGUGUGUUAGAUGAGUGGAUGGAGGGGGGGGCAGUGUGUUAGAUGAGUGGAUGGAUGUGGAUGGCAUGGAGGCAGUGUAUUGGGUAGGAGUGGAUGAAGGGGCAGUGUAUUAGAUGAGUGGAUGGAGGGCAGUGUGUUAGAUGAGUGGAUGGAGGGCAGUGUGUUAGAUGAGUGGAUGGAAGGGGGUGGCAGUGUAUUAGAUGAGUGGAUGAAGGGGGUGGCAGUGUAUUAGAUGAGUGGAUGAAGGGGGUGGCAGUGUAUUAGAUGAGUGGAUGAAGGGGGUGGCAGUGUAUUAGAUGAGUGGAUGAAGGGGGUGGCAGUGUAUUAGAUGAGUGGAUGAAGGGGGGGCAGUGUGUUAGAUGAGUGGAUGAAGGGGGGGGCAGUGUAUUAGAUGAGUGGAUGAAGGGGGUGGCAGUGUAUUGGAUUUGUGUGCAGUGUAUUAGAAUGGGGGAAGGGGGCAGUGUAUUUGAGUGGAUGAAGGAGGGGCAGUGUAUUGGAUAUGUGUGCAGUGUAUUAGAAUGGGGGAAAGGGGCAGUGUAUUAGAUUGUAUUCGUGUUGAUUGGCUGUGCAGCCUUUUGCUAUACAUGCACAAGAGCCUCCCAAUUCAUUCCUAUGGGAAAGCAUUGAAUUGGCUGAGAUCAUCAAGUUCGAUUAUCUCAGCCAAAGUGAAGAACACACUCAAAGGCCUUCAAAAUCAACAAGAAAACAUCAUUUGAUUUUUACAGCUGUGCAACAGCAUACAUUUACCAUUUCAGUCCCAUUACCAAACUUUUCUUAAUAUGAAACAUUGGUUAAAUGGAAAUGCACGUGUCCUUAUAAUACGCUCUUUUGUUUAAUUUGAAGCCCUAUGAGCGAGAGAACAUGCAGUGUCAGGCAACUUUUUUUAUACUGUACUUUUCCAAAUAAACCCAAGUUUCUGUGAAAAUUUAAGAUUUUGUUUUUUUACGGUCCACAUAAACUUAAACCUUGUUUAUUGGGCCCAUGUUAUUGAGUUUGACAUGCUUUGCAUACAUUGAGAUUUUCAAUAGUCGGAAUUUCCAGACCGCGUCUGUGUUUUAUACUUUACGAUACAUAUGGAGCAUGAAUGUAACUUAGUUUUGUAGUAGUUCUUAUCUCGUAAGAACAAAAAUGGCUUCAUAUCUCAACCUAUUUCCUCACAACAAUGCCCCUCAUAUGUGGUAGAUGACUAUAUCAUCUGAUGGUAAUGUUUUUGGUUUCCUGACAUUAAAUCACACACACCGUGAUGCACCAUUUAUGGAUUUAUUUAUUUUUUUCUACAUUACAUGUUUUGGGGUUUAAAAGAACAUUGUAGGCCUUCAUUAUAAAAUGUGUUAAAUAUACACUAAAUUAUAGUUUUAAAAAAAACUGCAUACAAAAUUGUAUUUUUAUGAAUUGUAAAGGGCUAAUGUAAUUAACUGGAAAUUAUAGUCAACUACAUUUUAAGCUAAAAAUAUUUCCAAUUCCUGCUGUAGUGGUGUGAUCCAGGAGUGCCAUGGCACCAUUCCCCAGGAAAGGGACUGUUGGGUGCCAAGCUGUAAUGAAUGGUGACUGAGCCAAUCCUCUACACGUUAAAAGAAUGGCUGAAGUGGCUGCUGUUAACUUUAGAGUAGACUUGUUAUUCUGAGAUGCGGGAUGUUCUUUCUGCAAUUUGAGCAGGGGUAGAGUUUUUUAUGUAUACAUUUUUUAGAAUUGGCAAGCAUGUAAACCUCAUAAAGUAGAAUAUGAAAGUGACUUUAUUACAUUGAGGUGUGGCAAGCUUAAGUCCUAAAUUGCAGAGAAUUGAGCAGUGAGACUGCAGGGGCAUGAUCUAUACACCAAAAUCGCUUCAUUAAGCUAAACUUGUUUAUGGUACUUACAAUGUCCCUUCAAAAAUUGACUGAAGCUAUAGGUCAAUGAGCUGUUUUUUUUGCAAUAAACACUCUUUUCAGCCACUGUUUACAUUACAGCCUCUGAAUACCUCUAGUGGUCAGUCUUCAGAUUGCCACUAAAAGUGCUUCCUGGGUCAGUGCUGCACAAUGUGCAUGAGGAUGUCCCAAAAAAAGUUGCCUAGCAGGACGUGCCUCUAGUGGUUGCCUGACAUUUACUGAACGCAGUCUUAGUCCUAAGAUGUAAUUAACAUUGCAGGGUUACUGCACCCAGACCACUUGCGUUGGCUAUAGUGGUCUGGGUGCCGAUAGUGUCCCUUUAAAUAAAAAUUUUUGCUAGUUUUACAUUGUCUGAAAAAAGUGACAUCAAGACCAUGACAUUAAAGGCAAUUUAUUACCUCUCUGGAAUUUACACUAUUAAAUCACUGAAAAUCAUCAAGAACUUGUUAAACACUUUUUCAUUAAAUAUUCCAUUUUAUUUUAAAUUUCUAUUAAAGAUAUGGCAAAUAACAAUCCAGUUAGAACAAGGUGAUGUCAGGGCAAACAUUGCAAAUUAAGUUAAAUCUGGUUAGAAUGACUGUAAUCUGUCACUAGAUUGUUACUAGAAAACAUCCAUGAGUAAUGGUUUCUUUGUUUUACUGUGUUAUGAGCCAAACUUCUUAGCAUGUUAUGGCAUGAUAUAGCGUGCAGUGGAACUACUGUAUUUUCUGUAUGCUGAUUGUGUCAGGGAGCUUCCUGCAUUUCAGUAAAAUAUUUUCUCCUUGUUUAGAUCUGAUUAUCCGUUUUGAUUAUAAAGGAGUUCAAAUUAUUUUACAUUUGUAUGCUCUGGACACGACCAUCUUUCUUCAGCGGGGUCUUUUCAGCAUGUGUGAGAAUACAGCAUUGAGGUCUAUGGAGGAUCCCACGAGGCGAGUGACAGCUUGGAGGGAUUUGAUACUUCAAGACGGCGUUGGCUCGCCCAGUUUCUAGAAGUGUCAGGGGUAUGAAAUAUACAGAGACAAAGCAGUCUCUGCUUUGUCUUAGUAUAUCUCUUGACUGACUUGGCGUUUCAGUGAAAUUCCAACAAUCAAAGUGACUGUUUCAUAAAGAUUCUAUCUUUAGGAAAUACUAAUUUGUUUUGAAAAUGAAUAAACAAGAAACCCUGUAUUAUUCUCAUAAGCAGGGUUAGUGGCACCUAUACCAUACAUAUUUAUCCUACAUUGCUUUGAACUUAUACUGCUGUUAGGAUGCCAACGUGUUUUAUUAACCUCUCAUUAAGAUUAAGCAUAUAUUUAUUAUUCAUCUAUUCUACUGAUUAGCUCCGGGAAACCUCACACUGUAUUAUAUAGUGUAUUUUGUAUGACACUCUUAGAGUUUCUUUUCCCAGUUUUUCCCCUCCUCCCCUCAAGUACACUAUUUCUUGUUUAUUCAUUUUCAGUUUCUAUUUGGGGUUACCCCCUAUACCAGUGCACUCUUUUUGACUUUAGACUCAUUCUUUUAAUUUUUAGAACAAAAUCUUAUUUUAUCACUUCUUCAGUAUUUUCGAUUUAAGGAUUUUUUGUUGUUGCUCACUCUAACAAAUAACCGGCAUCAAAUAACAUGACUAACUGGUUUCUCUCAUAAUAUAUGCCAAAGUGUAGUAUAGGUGUGCACAUUUUGUUGGGGUGUGUUCAGAGAGAAUCCUGUUAUUUUACAAAAACAUUGACUCCAUUGAUGGCUGCCGUACAGGGUUUGACUCUGCCACUUAUGUGUUUUGAGAAAGUAGAUGUACGGCAGCCAUUCAAUGUGCUCUAUUAAAUGCCUCGAUAGAGGCUUCACAAAAAGAGCAACUGGAAAUCUGUCCUAACAAGUGAUCAUGGGGUACAGCCAUCUCUGCAAUCUGUAUACACAUCAUGCACAGUGAGACAUGUGGCCUUUCGUUAAUCUGUUAUUCUACCUCUUGCAGCAAAUGAAACCUGUAUGAAAAUAAUUAUAUGCUGUAAAUAGUUUGCCCCAACAGUCAAUAUCUAUUAUGUAUUGGUGCACUUAAUAAGAAAGUGUCAAAAUCUUUGUGGAACAAACACUUGGCAAAAGCAAGAAACAUCUGCAGCGCAGCUCAGUACUCAGCCAGAGUAUCUCCAUUUUCUCUCUUUCUAUCCACAGAAUACAGUAAUAGUUAUAAUAGCCCUUUCCCAAUACAUUAGCCGAAACUUAGUACAACUUUUAUUGCAUAACAAGCACGUAUUCAUAGAGGGGGAAUCAACAGAACAAUCCCUCCCCAGCAGUCUAGAUUGCAAACGCCAAUUCAAUUACUGCUUAGUUCUUCUUACCAAUAUAUAUUCCCCAAAUAUUGUACAUAGCCAGGUAGCUCCCAGAGUCACACACAGUCCAAUUAAUAGUACGAGGGGGUAGCACCUUAAUUCGGUGUAAUAUAUCCAGGAGCUGUUUCACCCACAAAUGGCUGUUUGUUAGGAGUAUAUAUAUAUAGUUAUGCCAAAUAAGGUACAAACAAGAAGUUCAGAUAUUGUGGAAAAGUGAUAUAGCAAUAUGUAUGGUGUAUACGUCUUUAAAUCUGCUAGAGGUAGAAUAAGUGUGGUAUACACCAAAUAAUCUACUCGGUGCAAGCAACUAUGUGACACAGAACAACAGCAUAGAGGGCUGUUUUCUAUAUUAUGCUUUAGUUGAUGUCACAAAUCAAUAUAGUGACACUAUUUUAUAACGUAUACCUCUUUAAAUCUGAUACAGGCAGACUGACUGAGUUGUGCACCAAAAAUGCUUCUUUACCCAAAACUGUCAAUCAUGCAGAUUAAAAAUACAUUACUUGGUACUGUGCAGUGACUUUAAACAUUAUUAAAAAAAUAUAUAAAAAGUAAAAAAAAUAGAAAAAACACUAUUUAAAAAAGAAAAAGGAGAAAUAAGAAUACCCACGAAACGCAUUAGACAGCAGCAAGCAGGAUACGGACGCAGUUUUGAACCGGCAGAAGGAACUUCUCUUUCCACCGAAAAGUAUACACGAUCUGUGGACCAAUUGGCCGAAAACACCUACCACCCAGAGUGAGGUCUGGGACGCAUGCCAACCCAGCCGGCAAGUACAGAAACUAAUUCUGAUACAAAGUAUCCACAUCAAUCCCAGCGGUCUCAGUGGUUAUUUUGAAAAAAGGACUACCUUUCUGCUGGUAAUUCUCUUGCAAACCGUUCCUGACUUUUAAAAUUUUCAGUAUUUUUAUAAUUCUAUAAUUGUGAAUACAUUUUUCAUUAGUUCUUAACUAUUCUUAUUUCUCCUUUUUCUUUUUUAAAUAAUGGUUUUUCAUUUUUUUUUACUUUUUAUAUAUUUUUUUUAAUGUUUAAAGUCACUGCACUAUAUAAUACAGUACCAAGUAAUGUAUUUUUAAUCUGCAUGAUUGACAGUUUUAGGUAAAGAAGCAUUUUUGGUGCACAACUCAGUCAGUCUGCCUGUAGCAGAUUUAAAGAGGUAUACAUUAUAAAUAGUUGUGUCACUAUAUUGAUUUGUGUUCUGUGUCACAUAGUUGCUUGCACUAAGUAGAUUAUUUGGUGUAUACCACACUUAUUCUGCCUCUAGCAGAUUUAAAGACGUAUACACCAUACAUAUUGCUAGAUCACUUUUCCACAAUAUCUGAACUUCUUGUUUGUACCUUAUUUGGCACAAAUAUAUAUAUAUAUAUAUAUAUAUAUAUAUAUAUAUAUAUAUAUAUAUAUAUAUCUCUCUAACAAACAGCCAUUUGUGGGUGAAACAGCUCCUGGAUAUAUUACACCGAAUUAAGGUGCUACCCCCUCGUACUAUACUUCUUUAGACAGGUAUUGGGUGAACUCCUGUCUUUGUCCAGUCUUGAGCAACCCACCACAAGUCAAACUCCCUCAUCCCUGUGUGUUGCAUUAGGCAUACCUGAAUCUACAUAUUUUUACACUCCAAUUAAUGCCCGGAUCAUAGGUUCCUAGCUCAAACUACAACACUUUACAUUGUGACCGGGUCGCGUUCCAGUUGUGCAGUUGCUUAAUUGACCACUCCACACCACAAAAUAAGGGGUAUCCUAGUUUAACCCCAGUUAAAGUGCUAAUUUCAGUAGGAAAUCAGCACUUUUAUGAAUUAACUAGGGAACUUCCCCCACCGGCUGUCACUCAGACAGGCAGGGAGGAUUCCUUCCUACUUCCGUUAGCUCCUCUGAACUAACGGAAGUGGCAGGCACGCUAUAUGAGUGUCCCUCACAGACCUCAGACCAGCUCCUUGAUUUAAGAAGGGCACACGCACCGGGAUGCGUAUGUGCACGAACCGGCACAUGUGCACGCGUGGACCAAGUCAGAGGCUUCUCAAUGAGUAACCUCUGGUUAUUUCUUUGUGAAGAGACUGAACGUGUCUUCCAUGAAAAAAGAGGAGGGUUUACAAAUGCUACCAUCAUAAAAACUGCAGCCAAUUAAAACUUUUAGACUCGCAAUGAAUAUAUACAUAAAAAUAUGCAUGCAUGUAUUCAUUGGAGGUAUAGUUACUAAACUGUCGGGUGUUGGAAGUGUGGUGUGGUCCUUUAAUCCCGGUCAGGGAAAAGGUGUUUCUGGGGCCUCAGAGUGGGGAGCACCUCCGAUUCCUGGGCAUCUUUAGAUUAUUCUUCCGCUCUCUGUCCUCUAUAAUUAGCGUUCUGGUAGACUGCCUGGUCUUCGAGCACCACCUGGUUGAUGUUCUAGCCGGCCAUUGUUAUCUUCCAAAAACCGAGUUGCAAGCAGCCAAUGGGAAUUCCUGGUCCCUGGUCUGGAGGCUAAGGUUGUGGUGAUGCCAUAGUGAGGAACUUGGUGGGACUGCAUUUACUAGAGUCAAAAGGGGGUGAGGUGGGGGGGGGGUUUCAGAGGGGGUAAUAAAUAUGUUGUUGUGGAACCACUACAAAACUUAUGACUCUUACCAUUUGUUACUUUUCUCUUUCUUGAGUGUUUUUCCAAAUUUCUUGUGCAAUUCUUAGACUAUAUGAAUUUAAUCUGAAUAUACAGACAUGGGAAAAAUUAAGUUUUGUUUAUGCACAGCUCAUUUGCGGUCCUGUCACAGCAUUUUAAAAUCAGGUUGAGGUCUGGACUUUAGUUGGGCCAUUUUAACACUUUAGUUCUUUGCUUUUUCAGUCAUUCUGUUGUAGAUUUGCUGGUUUGCUUGGGAUCAUUGUCCUGUUAAUUAUAUUCAUAUAUAAAGGGUUAAAUGUUGCAUAGUGAGUCCAGCAACACCCUUCUCUAUGAAAUGGAGCUGGAAAAGACAAAUAUACUAGCCAAUGAAAUUGUAUAGCUUUGCUCCACUAAUUGCAAUAUAUUGAAUGAAAUGUCUAUAAAACCCCUGAUGAGAACAUAUGAUUUUGCAUAAAGACAUGCUGUCCGUGUGAGCUAAUUUCUUCUCUCCGCUAGCUGCCUGUCAAAGCUCACCAUGACUUGUCCUGCUAAGACCCAGUAGUAUGUUGGACAGCAGGUGAAUCUAAAGUACCCUCUAGUAGGAAUUUAGUUCUAAAUGUUGCAUGACCCAAUUUUGCCCAAGCUUUAGCUGUCUGACAGAUGGUCUCGCAUUUGACUCUAUAAUACUUUGGUAUACAGAGGAGUUCAUGGUCAACUCAAUGAUUGCAAGGUUUCUAAGUCCUGUGGCUGCAAAACAAGCCCAAAUCACCAUGCUUGAAAGCUAGUAUGAGGUGUUUGUCCUGAUAGUAAGAUAACUCAGUAGGAUAAUGCAUCAUCAGCAGAAUCUGCUCAACCCCUGGGGGUUGCAGGUCUAAUUCCCAGCUUGGUUAACUCAGUCUUUCAUCCUUCCGAGGUAAAUAAAAUGAGUACCAUUAAAUUGGGUAAUGUAAUAUCCCAUGGAUGUUGGGCAAAAGUAACAUUCCCAGGAAGUACUUUGGAACCAGAGAAUUUCUGAAUGUACCUUUCCUGGUUAAACACUUUGUUGUUGCUAUUCUUAUAUGCUGUUUAGUUUUUGCCAAACAUGGUGCUGUGCAUUGUGGCCAUACAUCACUUCACGCAUUAGGCUAUCUACAUAGGAAAGCAUUGUCUCAAUACUUAUCUAUUCGGACUUCACUGUUGCUGGAUAUCCUAAUGCAGAGUGCAAGGAUGCUCAGCGUCGUUUCUGAAUUGCCUAUAGUAGAUGUCUGAUAGUCAGCCACUGGAGAUAGUCUUAGUCUUGCACAGUAAUCGUAGCAGUUUCUCAAAAACAGGACAGGGACACUGCACCCAGACCACUUCAAUGAGAUGUGUUCUGGGUGCCUAUAGUGUCCCUUUAAUAAAGGGCAUUUGAUUAGCAGCACCUGUCUGCUACUAAGCCUCUUCAUUCAUAGGGAAGAGGUAGUGUUAUACUUUUGCACACAUGGCAUCUCCAUUUUGGCUUUAUUUUUUUUAAAUCAUGUAACAAUGUGUGUUGCUCAUUUGAGGAUGUUUUUACCUAAUUUUAAGACCUGCUAAGGAACAGAUUGCUAUUGUGUCCUGAUAUCUAAAACCAUAGAAUUCUUAGUGUGUACUUUCUUUUUCCCAUUACUGUAUAUGAACGCUUAACCCCUUAAGGACGGCGGGCAGUCCUAAACGCCACCGGGCAGCAUAGAACGACCCCGCCAUCCUUUGUAUUUACUGGGUCGCGAUCCUGGGGUCUGUCUAGGAGCUCAGGCAGACCCCCUCUGCUCAACCCCCCCCCCCCCCCUCCGGCCAUGUGAUUGCGGGGUCCUUGCGAUCACAUGGCCAGAAUAGCCGGCUUAUGCCGGGCCUGCAGGGGGCCUGUCUGAGCUCUCAGGCAGUCCCCCUAACGCCUGCAAAAAGUUUUUAAAGUUAAUAAAGUUUUUUAUAAAGUAAAUUAAAGUACUUGGAAUAUAUAUAUUCUUUUACAGACUGAAACGUCGACUAGAACGUUGUGUGAAUUUGUAAUUGCUUAAUAAAGCAACAGAUGAAAUUUACUUUGAAAGACUCCUGAGUGCUCUCUAUUGGUAUCGUGUGUGUGUGUGUAUAUAUGUAUAUGAAACCUUGUUGAAGUGCACUCACAGGACUCGAUAAUAUUAUUAAAUCACGCUUGUUUAUUGAAGCAUCAAAUAUUACAAAAAAGUGUCGACGUUUCAGUCCUAUCUGGACUUUUUUCAAGACCAGGUCAGACAACCCAAGUUAUUGCAAAUGGGGUAUGUCCAGUCUUUUUUAGUAGCCACUUAGUUUUUAUAUUUUAUUCAUAUUAAAUUAUGCUUAAUAUACAAAUAUUUGAUGUGACAUGAAAGACCGUUUCUCCUGAACAAAAUGAUAUGUAAGUGUGGGUACACAUAAUAUAAAAAGAGGUGAAUUACGCCUGAACAGACAUAUAGCGUAAAUUCAAGGUUUUGUUUACGAUUUGAUUUGAUCACAACUUGUACAAUUGGCUCAGCCCUUAAGCGCUUAAUUAGUCUUGAUUUCCAAAUCCAUUUCUUUCAAUUGUUCAGAGUUUACAGAUUUUAUAUAAUUUCAAUUAAACUUUGAUCGAUCUUGCAUGCUCUGUGUAACCUCACAAUUUGGUCCACUUGCAGUAAAUUUAUAAAAGAUGUAUCCCUUAUACUUGGAAUAUAGAUGUAAAACCUGCCUACAUUGAAUCUGUUAUUAUUUGGAAUAUUUUAAAUGCAGUACUUUUACUGUACAAGUAAGCAAUGAAAAUGUUUCUUAAAGUUCUAAAAUUCAGUUUAAAUCCCAGUUUUCACUUACUGUGCAUGAACAGCGAGGUGGAGUUAACCCACAAAUGUAAUUAUUACCGUUUAUUAACUGCAAUAAUUACCUUUGCAGGGUUAAGGGACGUGGGAAUGUUCACCAAUAUCACUUAAAUGAGCUGAAGUGUCUGGGUGCCUAUAGUGUCCCUUUUAUGAGAUGACACAUGUGAUUGGCAUGCAUAAAGUGCCAGAAGGAGAACAAGAACAAAAGUCUAUACAAACGAUCUUCUCGUGUGAAGCAUAUGCAAGGUCAAGUGCGUUAUAGCACAGCAAGGCCAUAAACUGAAACAUUUGGCGAGUAACUUUCUGGCAAGUAGCUUAGGACCUGAAAUUGUAAGUUCUGACUUAGAGGGUUUCCCUUUUUAGGGGUGAGAACCCUUUUGUAUUAGUCAUUGUGAUAUCAGUGUGAUGGUAAAGUCGCAUUGGUACUGCUUGAUUUUCUGCUGCCAAAGCAUUAAAAAAAAUCAGGUAUCCUGUUGAUUUUCCUAUUGCUUUCCUUCUCUGUCAAUUCACCUUGAAAUAAUUGUUCAAACCCUACAGCUCUGAUUUUUAUUUCCUAAAUGCAGUGUUUGUUGAAUUCAGUUACAUACAAUAAAACAGAGAAAAGAGUUACUUGCACACGAUCUCAAAUCCCAAUGCACAUUUGAAUAACUGGAGGUUUUUAGGAUCACUUCAAUGGCCAUUAGUGUGUAAGCUCACCUGCCAUGUCAAGGCAAACCCUUUAGGUGAGCCCUACACUGGCAAUUCACCUUGUUGCUUUCAACUAACAGAAAAAAAGACAGAGGUAUUUUUCUAAACCCCUACCUACUUAUUAACCAUUGACGUGACAGGUGAGCUUACAAUCUAAUGGCCAUUGGACUAAUUCUAAAAAUAUGCCAGCUCCUUCUCUCUCUGGUUUCCUUCAGUCGAUACCCCAUGGCUCUUUCUCUAUGAAAUCCUUCUGCACAUCUUUCUUACAAUUAAACUGUGAUGACAUAUACCACGUGUAUGAUAGUGAUUCAGUCUCAUGUUCUAGUAUGUCCAUUUAAAGGUUCUUCACAUUAUAGACUUACAGAGGCUCUGUUCCCAUAGCUUGCAAAGGCACAACAAUCUUUUUCCACGAGGCUCUCUUCUUCUGGCACUUCAGCUGGCGGGCAAGGGGGCUUGACAGAGCCAUUUUGAUCAAGACAAGUGGCAGAUAGACCUUCAUAUCUUGACUUUUAUUUAAACAGAUUGUUUCAUCUAUUAAAUUCAUGUUUUAUUUAUGACCAUCUUUGCCAAUGAAUUUCAUUUCCAAAGUUCAACUGCUAAUGCGAAAAUACCCGCAUCUGCGCUAGCAUAUAUUUGCAGACUAGAAGGAUCAGACACCCAACAAAGCUAAACAAGUGAUUCCUGCGUUUUUUUUUUUUUGGUAGGGACUUUCAAGCAGAUGCUUACCAUAGAGAAUUCUCUGUGCUGGAGUAGUGUGCAUGGAAUUGUAUCGGACUCUGUGAACUAGCAUAACUCAUUGAACAGGGGGAAGGCACAUGCGAACUAGCGCAGGCCUACGGCUUCCACUGGUGCUGUAGAGCUAAUGGAAACACAGGAUAACCUUCCCAGUUGUCUGACAGCAAUGUUUUAUAAAAGUGCCGAUUUCUCCAGACACACAAAGCAUGUCAUUAUCAAGUGCUUUGUGUCUAGUGUAUCUUUUAAAGGAUCACUAUAGUGUCAGGAAAACUAAGUGGUUUUCCUGACACUAUAGUGCCCUAAGGGCACUUAAAACCCCUUCAGCAGCUUACCUUUUUCCAGCGCCGGGCUCCCUCGGCGCUGGUGACCUCUCCUCCCCCGCCAACGUCAGCUCCCUCUGCCGACGUCAGCGGAGCCGAAUGCGUGGCAAGUGCCGCGUGUGCAUUCAACCGGUCAAUAGGAAAGCUUUUUUUUCAAUGCUGGCUGGCUUAACCCUGCAAUGUAAACAUGUUUGCAUCUGCAGGUUUAAAACCUGAGGGACAUUGCACCCAGACCACUUCAUUGAGCUGAAGUGGUCCGGGUGACUAUAGUGUCCCUUUAAUCAUUGUUGCAAAUGGUCUGAUAGAUUAACUGGGGGUGGUGCCAGGAAUAACCUUUCCAGUGCCCUAUAACCUAGAGUGCCCCUUUUAAUAUCUAAUGAUUGUAAAAGAAAAUUACUUAUUUACUGUGAAAAAUAAAAUCUCUAACCUCCCAAAUUAACAAGCUAUCAUUGGUACAAGUUCUACUUUCUUCUAUUUCCAGCUAUUUGCCUGAUUGUACAGAAAAAGUAUACAAUAUCAAAGUGAUGUGUUUACAAGAUUAGCAGCAUUUCAACCUAUUUUUUUUUUUUUUUUUUAAACGUGCUGAACCUGAAGGAUGUUUGUUAUUGCUGUUAUGGCUGUGACUUUCUCCUCUGUGUGUACUGUUUGUGUGCCCAGAAGACACACUUCAUGCUGAAGUUCUGCCCAAAGUGUCUAGGUUGCAGUGUCUAACUGCCCUGGUCCCAAACAGAGAUGAACAGCCUGGCUCAGAUGGCGUCUAAGAAACAAGCUAAUCUGUCACCUUAAAUAAAAUAUAUAUAUAUAUAUAUUUCAUCACUACAGCACAAAUAAGUCUGGUAGAAUAUUUAAAAAGUUCAGCAGUUUAAGAUAUUUUUAGAAAGACAUUCUCACUUGGAUUAUAAUCUUUUUUGCUGAGAAAAUUUUUCCUAGACUGCACACAAUUUUUUUCUGAUUCACAGCUCUCUUUCCAUUUAUAAGUGGUGUUGAUGUCAGGAAUAGUAAUAGGAGGGAGUUUAGAUGAGUUCCCAAAAUGCUCAGAACAGUUAUGUCGAUAAGACAGAGUAUUAUGAUGUGCUGGUGGCUGAAACCACAGGUGCUUUGUGUGAUGGUGGCCAUUACAGUAAAAAUUGUAAAAAAUAUUAACUGUUGAGGGGAGAACAAGUAGCACUGCCCUUCUUAGAAACAUAGACUGUGACGGCAGAUAAGAACCAUUCGGGCAAUCUAGUCUGCCCAAUUUAUAAAAACAUACUUUUUAGUCCCUGGCCUUAUCUUAUAGUUAUGAUAGCCUUAUGCCUAUCCAACGCAUGCUUAAACUCCUUUACUGUGUUAACCUCUACCACUUCAGCUGGAAGGCUAUUCCAUGCAUCCACUACCCUCUCAGUAAAGUAAUACUUCCUGAUAUUAUUUUUAAACCUUUGCCCCUCUAAUUUAAGACUAUGUCCUCUUGUUGUGGUAGUUUUUCUUCUUUCUUAUGAAGGCCCAAUGUUUUCAAUUGCACACGAUCUAUUUGAUUGAAAAAAUACGUUUGUUUUAGAACUUGAUUUUACACAUUUUCUUUGUGGGUUUUUUUAAUAGUACUUUGUGCUUAUGAUAUAUAAUUAUAAAUUAAAAUACACAUUAGGUGUUCACUUAUGCCAGCAAGUGUGAUCGUGUUUUCUACUUGUAUAAAUCUGUAUACCGUCUCAGGAUCCAGUGUUCACAUCUGUUUUCAUGCCAAAUAGAACCUCAGCAACACCCAGUACAUGUUUACAGAAAACUGUUCUUUGUUUAACCCGUUGCUUUGGAAUAUGUACCUUUUUACACCAGUGUGUGAUAUGUGCUGUGUGGCUCGGUGUUACGAGCCAGGGCUGUUUUCAGCGUGCCAGUCUGUAGAAGGUGACAGUGGUGGGGGUGAAUGGCUGUUGUGGUUAACAGUAAAGAAUGUGCCCAUUGUACAACAUUGACAGAGCGCUCUGUGUCUCAGCCUGGCAUUUCUACAGAGGCUCUGUGAUGGAAACCCUCUCUUGUAAAGCAGUCCCAAAUAGUUCUGGGACUGCAUAACAGUUAUUAAAAUCUCCCUGGGCUGCAAAUUGCCUAACCAGGGAUAACAUUGGUUGGUUCUUUUAUUUGUGAAUGGCAGGCGUUGCUCACAAUGUGUGGGUUGGAUGCUGCUGUUUAGCACAUUUCACAGAUGUUGCUGCAAACCAUAGUUCUACAAAUCCACUUAAACUGUUGCCCUUAGAUUCUUGCAUUGUGAUAAUGUUGCUGACUUCUUGGCCAACAAAAAUGUUGUGGGGUUUUAGAAGACCAAGAUUGUAUAACUUUUUAAAUCAAAUGUUUAUUUUUAAAGAAUUGUUUUACAUGUCCCCAGUUGUUGCAUAAAUUAUAAAUUCUAAUAUGUUUAUUUGUUUACUGGUAUAUCCCUUUUAUGAUCUGCACCUGUCACAGGUUUUAUAGAUUACUGCUUUUUCUUAAAAAUGCUGUGCUCUAAGUUAUUGGAGAGAGUCUCUAGCACUGCAGUUCUCAGAUUGCAUCUUUCUGCAUUUUUUUGACAGUUCUUGAAUCUCUAAAGUUCAUGGGAAAAGUUAAAUUCCACUCAGUUGACAUCACCUCUCAUUUGUAUUUAUGUAGUGCAAAUAUAUAUUUUUAAAUGUGCUGUUUGCUUAGCUUUUUUUGUCACUAUUACAAGUAAGUGACAAAACAAGCUUUGCAAACAGGAGCAAAAGAUGACAAAGGCAGUUACCAAACAAACAUACUCGCUAAAGGGAGUGGGUGCUAAUUACACGAUAGGUAAGUGAGUAAAAUAUACUCGCAAACGAAGAUUACAUAGGUGUCAACCAUAUACAGUGUUCCUGUAAAUGUUUGUUACGGAACAGUAUAGUAAGAACAUGAAAAUUCUUAGACCCUCACUGAGCAGACAACUUAGGUUAUGUGAAACAAACUGAUCAGUGGAGGGGGGAGCCUGAUGGUGGAUUUCCACAUCUAUGGGGCAUGAAAAAAGAGACAACCAAUGUUUCUCCUCGGUAUAUUGGAAGAGGUGAGAGUGUGUUUUUAAUUAAUGUCAAAGAUUCGUAAGUUAGUGUAGAGCUAUGGAGAGGUUGGAGGAUUUGCAUUUUUAGUUCGGUUUUAAGGACUGCUGAUAGGGGAAGAAACCGUAUUAAUUAAUUGUAAAUUAGAAAAUGGCAAAUGGAAGAUUUUUUUUUUUUCCUGACUAAGGUAAUUGGAUGUGGUGGUUUACUGUUUACCGAGUUGUCAGUCAAAAAAGAAGCCUGUUUGGAUAUUAUAUUGGCAUAGAAAGGGUAACGCUUAUUGAAGUAAAGUAGUGAAGAAGUUCUGAUUUGAAAAGGUUUGUUUCAAAAAGAUCAGAUAUGCAGUUAGAGAUGGUAAAGAAGCAACUGGAAACACAAUCAAAAAAGAUCGUUGCUAUCAUCCAUGUGGUACUGGAAGUCAGAUUGUUUAAUUGCCAAGAAAGAUGUACAGAAGGAUUUCCUGGGCAAAGAGCCUUGGGAUACCAACUAAAGGAAGUGGGAGAGAGGGGAGCUGAAAGAAAAAUAAAGAAGCAAUUUGUAAUACAAUGAAGGAAAAAAGUAUCAAAGAUGCCAAAAGUGAAAGAUUGGAGAAGAGAGGAAGGUCUGUAACAAUCCAGUUUAUAGGUGUGUGUGGGGUAGAUGUGGGCACUUCUGUGCUGUACCACAUUGACAAAUGUAAUAACAAAUCUGUGGAACCACCCAAGAUUUUUAUCCCCAUACAUACAUAGACUAUAUGUUGCCAUUUAACUUGAAGUUUUUGCCAAUCCUGCUUGGUAGAGUGGAAUCCUGGAGGGUUUUUCAGAGAGCACAGGGUAGUCUUAAAAUGAGAUUUUUUUUUUCCCUCUCUUAUAGCAAAACCAAUUUCAGUUAGUUCCUGUGUCUGUGGUUAAUAGAUUUGGUAGGCUAUAAUGGUCAACGCCACAUUUAAAUUGUACUUCAUUCCCUCCAUGGGCAUGUUGCAAUACAAUAUAAAUGAAAUAUAAAUAAACAUUUUAUAUAUGCAUAUUUUAUUCUGUUUAUGUGCCUCAUCUGGAAGCUACCACAUUUGCAAAACCUGUAAACCAGUCUACCUUGGAUAAUUUGAAUUUGAUGUAUUACCUCCUGCAUUCUUUACGUGAAAUGAAAAUAAGGAAGCAGGUGUACUGCGAUUCUGUUUUUAACACAAUGAUAUUCUUACAAGAAAACUUGCAGAUUCCCUGUUUAGACUUCUGUAACAUUAUUAGCAUCCACAAUGUUCUACCCAUAAACCCCUUAUAAUAUACCACUCACAGUAAGUCUUAAAAGUAAAUGAGCAAAAACUGUAUAGUGAUUUCCCUUAUGGUAACACUUAUUUACUUAUAGUAACACUGUUCAAUUUCAUCUAAGAUCAAGCUAUCUUUUCUGGUUUACCAAGUUAGAUUUUUCCCCAAAUAAGCAUACCUAAUUAUUAUUAUUAUUAUUAUUAAUUUUUUUGAGAAGUAGGCAAAAACUGUGGGUUUCCAAAAAGUCAGUAUUAUUAUGCCAAAGUGUAGCCUAGAAUAUGGCACACUGUAAAAAGAUGGAAAACAGAAGGGCAUCAGAAUAUUUUGUAUAAAAUAGGGAGUUUUGCAGUGUGCUGUAUACUUUGAAGAGUUGCAGUACUCAUGCUUCUUAAGUUUUGAAGCUUGGGAGGGGAGGGUGAGGGGGAGCCUUAGAUGCAUAAACGUAUAUGUCCCAAAUCCAUUUUCUUACUUAUGAGUUACCAAAGUAUAUCAGAUUAUCAUACUGGAUGGUUGGUGGAAGCACACAAGGUUGUGCUUUGGGUGCAUUGUCUGCUCCUGUGGCGAAGAGUGAGUUAUCCUUCUCUUGCAUUUCCUCGAAUUUGCAUGCUGGAUGCUGCUCUCCUUCUGCUUAACCGUUAAAAGAAGAAUUAUAGCUACUGUGUAGUUAAGAAAAAGGUAAAACCCAUAAUACCAAUCCCCCAAGGCUUUUAGUUGCAUUAGCUGCUGAAAAUACACACGAUUGAAUUCUUGUUCCAUUCUUACUACUGUAGAGAAAUUUGUCAUUCCCACAUAUUGACAGUCUGUAGAGUUGUUUCCAAGCAAAUUACAGAGUAAAACUUGGCUAUUUCAAUCAGGUGGUCACAGAGACAAUCGGAUUUGUGCAGCAUGGAGUUUGGCUGUCCAGGCGUGUUAGCCUCACAAUGCUUUCCUAUAGAAAAACGUUGAUUGAGAUAAUAAAGAUUUUGCAUCUCUGCUAAGGAGGCGGGGCCAACUGUGUAGCUAGCACUGCGGCAUCAGAGAUAAGAUGAAUAACAUACUUACUUCAUUUGGUUGGGUCACCUAAACGGUGACUAGGACACUGUAGCAUUUUGUGCUGGCAUUGGUACCUUUAGGACAUAAAAGUCAACAAACCUCUGAGGUCUACCACUGCAAGCAUACAAAAUCUCCCCUUGUUUGCUGGCGAAAUACUGUGCGUUAUUGCCUACUUUAUUGCUUAUUUUUCUAAUGCAUGUUUGUAUCAAGCUAUUGCCCAAUAUGCUAUGUUCGCGACUUAUGUUCGCGACUUAUGUUCGCGACUGUAUAAAUUUGACGCUUGUGUUAAGCUUUCUCUACGGGGACAUACAGUACAUAUAGGAAGGCUGAAGUUGAUGGACACAGGUCUCUUUUCAGCCUAUAACUAUAUUGUGCUUUUAAAUAUAUAUAUUUUUUUAAUUAUUAUGUAGAUCUCAAAGAAAAGAAUGGAUAUUUAUUGUGUCAUGUUGUAUUAACUCAGCCUUCCUUCUUCUUUCCUCUAGGGCUUAUUCUUUGGUGGAUUCUAGUCAAGUCUCCACGUUCCUGAUUUCAAUCCUUCUUAUAGUCUAUGGCAGCUUCAGGUGUGUAUCUGGUAACAUUUAUGCCACCCGCAGUAAGCACUGGAAUGACAGCAAUCUGGAGCAGUUUAUCAAUGUCUGUCUCCUUUCCUAUUUCAUGGAUUUGCUGCAUCUGUGCCUAAAUGCAUGAUUCAUGCAGCUAUUGUGUGCAAAACACAGCCACUGUGUAAAGUAGUCACUGGAACACUGCCAUCCUCAUAGCGGGUAUUUUACUCAUUGGAAGCUGUGAUUGUGUAGGAAAAGAGAAGCUUUUUGUAUCACGAACCAUUCGGAGCUCUGUGUACCUCUUCAUUUCCAAGUCCUUUAUUGCUGCAGGAUAUUACUAUCUGCCAGUGUUAUAUUAUGGGCAGAACAUGUACACGUGUCUUGAUACAGACUUCACAGUUAGAAUUAUAGCCACCAAGAUGUAUUAUUUAUGUAAAGUCAAAAGUACAGUAUGGAAUUCUAUUUUAAAAAUGCUACAAUUGGAACAAAAAAGGAAAAUCCCACUGUGUUCUAAGGUUUCACUUUUUUGCAACACUAUGCAACAGAAUUAAUGUUACUUUAUAUUUGUGAAGACUACAGUUUUUUUCAAUCUUUGUCUUCUCUGUAGGUCUCUCAACAUGGAUUUUGAAAAUCAAGACAAGGAGAAGGAUGGUAGUAGCUCCCCUGGGACCUUUAGUGGGAACAGCACCAACAAUAGUAAGAAGAGGCUGAAAAGGAUGGUGGGCCAGACAGGCUCACAAUUAUAAUACACAAUGAUUUUGUAGAUGGUGUCUUGCAUGUCUGCUGUGGUUAGUUGCAAAGCUGAGUGUAUGACAUGACCUUUGAAUCAUUAUUGUGCAGUGAUGUAGCAUUUAAUCCAAUUAAUUUCUGACCAUUGCCUGGUAGGAUUAGGUUCGGGUGCCUUAAUCCUGUGCACAAUCCUAUAAAAUGAUUCUUAUAGUUAGCUGUCAACUGAUACUUGCAAUAAAAGCACAAAAUAUGUGUGGAUGCCAGCAUCCUGAAUCAGGCUUUUGUGAAUAAUAUAAAGUGAUAAAAUGAUUUACAUCAGCAUCCUUUUUUCCCCACAGUAGGACAAAACGACUGAUUAUUUCUGUUGUGUUCUGUAUUAAGACUUUUUCCCCCCUAAUUUUUCCAUCACCAAGUUAAUAUUUAUCUUCAGACAUAUAAUCUAAAAGUUAUUUUGCUAUAUAACACAUAGUUUUGCUGGUAUCCAUUAAUUUUUUUUUCUGUAUUUAUUUCUGGUUAAUAUAUAAAAAAUAGUUUUAGUAACCACUUUGAAUGACAAGUAAAAGCUUAUAUUUCUCCCAUAUUAAACUGCAAAAAUGCAGUAUCAUUUAAAUUAUUUCCUUAGGCAGUCCUACACACUCAUAAUAAUGAAACCUAGAAUUUUGGUGUUGCUGCACUCUUAAAAAGUAAUGUCUUACUUUACAGGGUCUGGAGAAAACAGAACCACGUUUGCCGACAGCCGCAUUCCCUCUUAUAGCAAAAUAAAUUAACAUAGAUAACAAAUAUUUAACAGACUAAUUUGUGUAGCAUGGUUACGGAUCUCAUUGUUAUUAUGGUUUCUUGACUUAAGGUAGUCAAAAGUAGAUCCCCACAUGCUGUAGAAGUCUUUCGCUUGCCUGGUUAAAGGGACAUGUAUCAUUUCACAAUUAUUUUUUAUAAGCCAGCAGUUUAAACACAUUUAUACAAAUAUACAAAGAUGAAGCAAGCAGAACUGUGAAAAGUACGUAAUAAAUGCUUAUGAACUUGAUCAGAUUACUUUAUUAGGCCUACUUUUCAGCUAGGGGCAUUUCUGCAGCCUCCCCUCCACCCCCUCCUCUUACCAACUUAUCUAAAUUUAAGACCAGCCCACUAAUGACUGAAACCGGGCAUCAUUAUGCAGCAACAGGAAGAGAGAAACCAGACACCGGAGUCUGCUCUGCACAAUAACAUUGUUCAAACUUUGUCAGUAUAUUGCAAGGUGAAGAGAUCUUACAACUACACAUGUGUAAAGCUGUCAGGCAUGCCCAAUGCACUUUUACAUUCCUAGGGAUAAAACCCUGAUUAGAUAAUUGUGUCCCUUGCAGUGGGUGUGAAAGUACGUUAAAGCGUUAAAGCCUUUGACUGAGACAGCUGUCUCAAAGUGAUGCAAGUUCCUUUAAAUAACAUUGUCAGAGCUGUCAUUGGAGCAACAAAGUAUUGGAUUUAGAGAUUACUCAUUUCAAUAUAUAUUGACUGGUUUGUGAAUGAGUUUUCCUGAAGACUUUGUAAGUGAUGAAUUAUGAAUAUAGGAAAAUUGACGUUCGGGUGUACAAUUUGUUGCCAAACUUUUAACAAAACUGUUCUCUUUCAGGUAUUCAAACUAUUGACUCAACUCAGGCUUUGUUCCUUCCCAUUGGCGCAUCUGUCUCUCUGCUGGUCAUGUUUUUCUUCUUUGACUCUGUACAAGUCGUUUUUACAAUUUGCACUGCUGGUGAGUCUUACAGGUCAACCCAACUGUGUAAAUCAUUGGUAACAACUAGGUACUCAUUUCUCUUUCUCUCCCCCACCCCCUUUUUCUAUUCACAGUUCUUGCAACAAUAGCAUUUGCAUUCCUUUUGCUCCCAAUGUGCCAGUAUUUAACCAGGCCCUGUUCUACUCAGAACAAGUGAGUAUGGGUUAAUAGACCAAAAUUCUUAGUGUCUGUGUAGAUACAUAUAAUUAAAUCCUGUAUCUAGGCUAUUUUGUUUUUGUUCAGAGACAUUUUUCUUACCCUUUACUAUAUUAUUUAUGCCUUCAUCUUUCAUCUAACUAUUCCUUCUGUCAUCCCUUUGUUUGUCUACAGCCAGUUUGCUUAUUCACAUGCAUGUGGCUAAUUAUUAUUUUUUUUGCUCCUUGCCAUGUAAUCUUCAUUUGCUCACCACCCCCAGUGUUUGUUUGGUAUUAAAUGUGCCCCAUUGUUUUUUUUGCUGCAUUAAUGCAGUCACUUGUUUCAUCACUCCACCCCUCUGCACUUCUUUUAUAUUAAAUUUUUCUCGCGAUUGCAAAUAAAAAGCAUUGUCCUCUUUGCAUAUGUUUAAGGAGUACACAAUGCUACUGUGAAAAAUAUACAUAGUUGUGUCCUUGUAGUGUUUGCUUUAAAUAGUAAUGUUUGGCAUGCUUUAAGAUAUUUUUAAUACUAGAUUUGAACCUGCUGUUGGCGAUUUUAUUUCCGACUAUCUGUUUUCUUGCUAUGGUUUAAAAAACAAACAAACAUGGUGCCUAGUGUUCAGUUACAGGGAUAGCUUUUAGCCAGUUAUAUUGUAGUCUUCCUGGCUGUGUGCGAAUUAUAGGAGUUGUUAAUAAGCAGCAAUAAAUGCAUUAAUCAAAUGACUUUGUUAAAGAGGUUAAACUAUUUUAAACCUUUAUAAACAAUGGUAUGUCUCAAUGAACUACUGAAGUCCCACAAGUAUAGCAUGUCUGACACACACACUAUCACUAUACAUGCCCAUUUUUAGACUUGAUACUUGCAGCUUUGGCAUUUGCAUUUGUUUUUGUGUUUUUUGUUUUUUUUAAACCUAGGAAUGAAUUUACUACAAAUAUCAUUGAGCCAUGUCAUUUAUGUAAUAUUAUAUUACUAUUUUAGGAAUACUACUUUAGUUUCUAAGAGUGCUGCUAUUUUUCCUUCUGAACCUUUCAAAAAGAUUGCUUGACACCUGUUAUUUUGUAAACCCUGCUUGGUAAUAUCACUGGUUAACUGUACUGCUUUAAUGCAGCAACCUUCUUCCAAUGCAAACUCUUGUUUGCACCCCAAAAUUUCUACAGAGCUCUAGAAAAUAAUCUGGAUACCUGAUAAAAAAGGAACAGUCAGGGCACCAUAACUUCAUAAAAAUGAAUGUUGCCAGGAAGUCACUGGCACUUUCUUAACUUUAGGUGUUUAACUGAUCACUUUAUAAACAUAGCCAUUAUUACUACUUCAAAGGUUCUUUAAGGACUUUGUGAAACUUGGUUUGUGUUUUGCAGGAUAUCCUUUGGAUGCUGUGGCCGUUUCACAGUUGCCGAGCUAUUGUCAUUCUCCCUUUCUGUGAUGCUUGUCCUUAUUUGGGUGCUCACAGGUCACUGGCUGCUUAUGGAUGGUGAGUAACAUCUGGGAAAGCUGUCAGAAAAAUCUAAGUCCAUGGUUUUGUAGCCUCUGUAUUGGCACACAUAAUGUGGGUCCUCAAUGUUUGCUUUGGUCAAAUCUUAUUCAUCAUACCUCGGGAAUCUUGGUCAUAUCAGUCAUUAAGCUAAUUGUGUAGUUGAUGGGUGGAUUGUAAAGUUAAUUCCAUGAAUGGGAUUUGAUUAUUUAAACCAGGGAUUACUGAAUCUGUAUUGUAUGCAAUUGCUCUACAAAGUUGGUAGCUGUGCAUGCAAUUUUGUAAUUUACGGUUUAAUUUCUAGAAUAAUUUGAUAAGUGACUGUGCAAUUUCUUUGCUGGGCUGCUGGAUCUCAUGUUUACAUUAAAGGGAUUUAGCACUCUUUUUAAAUAUAUUUAUUAAUUUUACUUAUUACAGCCUUGGCCAUGGGACUGUGUGUGGCAAUGAUUGCCUUUGUUCGUCUGCCCAGUUUGAAGGUGUCUUGUCUGCUGCUUUCUGGGCUUCUCAUAUACGAUGUUUUUUGGGUAAGUAAAUGGGUUCCCAAAAAGGAAUGGGUGCAAAAACCAUCUUUAAAUGACAGCUUAGUAUAAUGUGCCCCAAAACAUCCUAAAUCCUCAGAAUGCAGAAUGAAAAAUUGUCAGGGCCUGAAGCCCUGACAAUUUAUACUUUCCUGUCAGACUUCGCUUCUUGCUUAGGAUAUGGGUUUUUGACUGUAUCUAUUUCCAAAUAGUCUGUGGUAGGUCUGAACCAUGAAUAGUUAAUACUUAAGUAGUUAAAAGGUAAGAAUCACCACUCUAUAAUUGCGUGUAUGGAAGUAUAAGUAUAUAUAUUUUUUGGUGCAUAGAAACCCCAUCUCAUUCUCAUUAAUAUUGCAGAAUUGAUGCCACUACAUUAUUGUCAAUUUUGUCCAACUGACAAGAUGGGGGAUGGUGCCUUAGCACUGAAAGUCCUUUGAUUUAGAUCAAAAUAUUAUUAAAAUACUUAAUAUUAAGGAAAAGGAUGAUGCCAAAUGAUUCUAGGCAACACAUACUGAAAAUACUGAACUGGAAAAAAGACAGAAUACUUGCUAUUUUUCAGCAAAUCAAUACUUUCCCUUGCAAAGAAAUGGAUGUAGCAAAUGCUAGUGACAUAUACACACACGCAGUCAGAUUUCAUUACACAGAUGUGUCAAAAGCACAUUAUCUAAUUCGUAUUAGCAGUAAUCAGGGGAGCUCUCAAACUGAAUGCCUAUUUCUAAUUCCUGGACUUUUUCAGAAGUCUCUUUUGGAAACAGAACGUAGUGAUAAAAAUUGCACAUUUCUCAAUUUUCAGAUUACCUCCAUUAACUGGGACACUUACAGCUUGCAUAGAAACAUAGAAUGUGACGUCUCAUAAGAACCAUCUGUCCAAUCUAGGCUGCCCAAUUUUCUAAAUACUUUCAUUCUUCUCUGGCCUUAUCUUAUAUCUAGGAUAUCCUUAUGCCUAUCCCACACAUGCUUAAACCCUUUCACUGUGUUAACAUCUACCACUUCAGCUGGAAGGCUAUUCCAUGCAUCCACUACCAUCUCAGUAAAGUAAUACUUCCUGAUAUUAGUUUUUAACCUUUGCCCCUCUAAUUUAAGAUGGUCCUCUUGUUGUGGUAGUUUUUCUUAUUUUAAAUAGUCUCCUACUUUACAGUGUUGAUUCCCUUUAUAUAUGUUAAAGAUCAUUUAACACUUCCUUGUAAGUCUUGUAUCCUGCAAUCCAUGAACCAGUUUAGUAGCCCUUCUCUGAACUCUCUCUAAAGUAUCAAUAUCCUUCUGAAGAUACGGUCUCCAGUACUACGUACAAUACUCCAAGUGAGGUCUCACCAGUGUUCUGUACAAUGGCAUGAGCACUUCCCUCUUUCUACUGCUAAUACCUCUCCCUAUACAACCAAGCAUUCUGCUAGCAUUUCCUGCUGCUCUAUUACAUUGUCUGCCUACCUUUAAGUCAUCAGAAAUAAUCACCCCUAAAUCCCUUUCCUCAUAUGUUGAGGUUAGGACUCUAUCAAAUAUUCUGUACUCUGCCCUUGGGUUUUUAUGUCCAAUAUGCAUUAUCUUGCACUUAUCCACAUUAAAUGUCAGCUGCCACAACUCUGACCAUUUUUCUAGUUUACCUAAAUCAUUUGCCAUUUGGCUUAUCCCUUCUAGAUAUAAGCUUUCAUUAUCUUUUCCUUUAAUAUACAUACUGAUAUUGUCCAUGUGCUUUGACAGUGUUUUAAAAUGACAUCUUUGGAACAGUAUGUAGGCAAGGUGGCACAUUUUCAGGUAUUUUAUGUUAAUCUUUUGUACCUUUUAGUUAAUUUAUAUUCAACAUCCCCACGUGUUUUUUUUUUUUUUUUUUUCAUAUAACUUUUCUACAAUUUUCUUUAACCACUUCUUUUUUAGGUUUUCUUUUCUGCCUACAUAUUUAACAGCAAUGUAAUGGUAAAGGUGGCUACGCAACCAGCAGACAAUCCUCUGGAUGUAUUAUCUAGGAAGCUUCAUUUGGGACCCAAUGUUGGAAGGGAUGUUCCCCGGCUUUCCCUGCCAGGGAAACUAGUAUUCCCCAGGUGAGAUAUCAGAGAAUUGGGACAUUGAACAUGCUUUAAGAGUGCUAUGAACAAAGUGUUUUCACAGAGGUUUUUGAUCUAUUAUGCCAUUUUCAAUUACAAAAUGGGCAUCUCUGUUAGAGAUUGAGACAUUUUAAUGAGUUCUAAUUAAGGAGGGAGUCAUAUCACAUUGAAUUAUGCCCCUAGCAAGUUUAAUUGGUAAUCUAAAAUUCAAGUUUGGUUCUACUAAGAGGUAUGUUGUUUGAGUGGAGGAAUCUGAGUUUGGUAGAAAAUAAGGGUUAAUUUGAUAAAAUACUUCAAGUCCCGGAUCCUCUUGUUGCGGUGUGUGUUUCUAAGUAGCUCAGUUAAUUUUAAUUCUCCAUGCACAGAAAAUCUAUAAUUAAAAAAAAUGAACACCCUCUCAAACAGAAUUGUCUAUACUUUGAUUUUUUUUAAUAUGCAGACAGAUAUGAGCUGGCGCAGGACUUUUGACAUUCUAACCCUUGACUCUUCAUUAUGUCUAGUACAUGUGUGUGAAGGGGCUUGCUGUCAAAUUGUAACACUAGUGUUUUUACAGUUCCACAGGGAGUCACUUCUCAAUGCUCGGGAUUGGAGACAUUGUGAUGCCUGGUCUACUACUAUGUUUCGUCCUACGUUAUGAUAACUACAAAAAGCAGGCAACCAGUGAUGCCUGCAAUGCCCAAGGGAUCCCCAAUAUCUCUGGGCGCAUGCAGAAGGUUUCCUACUUCCACUGCACACUAAUUGGGUACUUUGUAGGUGAGUAGAUAAUUUUGAACGCUUGAACAUUUUUUGAAACUAUAAACAUAUUUUGUGAACAGUUUAAAGUAUAUUAAUAAUCCAUGAACUAUUUUAUUACUUUACAGGACUGUUAACAGCAACAGUGGCCUCGCGUAUUCACAGAGCUGCCCAGCCUGCUUUGCUCUAUUUGGUCCCAUUUACUUUAUUACCGCUACUUACUAUGGCCUAUCUAAAGGUAUGAGGUUUUUUUUUUUAUUUUAUAAAAAUAUUAAAUAUUUUAAGUAGGGUUUGUUCCUUUAGUUUAGUAAAAAAAUAAUGGUAUAAAGCAGUUCAACUUGUAAUCCAGUUCUGAGAAUCAAUCCUCUUUGCAGCCUGAUCUUUCAGUUAGAACUUUAAUCCUUUUCUCUGGUCCAAUCCAGUGAUUUUAUAGGGAAGCAUUGCAGACCUACAGUGCAUGAGCGACAUUUGCUGCUAUCCAGUGCAACUGACCAAAAACUUUACAUCAUGAAACAGCUCAAACGAUCUGAAGGAGGCAGAACACCUAGCGACUGCUUUUGGAGAGCCACUAGAGGCAUGUUAUGCGGCCAAAUGUUAACUGCCAUUUCUGAGAACAGAAAUCUUUAUCACAUUGUUCAAGAAAAGCGAAAACAUGCUCCGACCACUAUAUUAAGAUGAUGUGAUUUUGUUGCAUAUGUCUAAGAUUUUAUAAUCCCUGUGGUGUUGACUCUACAGAGUCUGGGUUUGUUGAAUUCCGUAUUUGCUCAUUAUAUACUGUUCUCUUUCAGGGUGACCUUCGUCGAAUGUGGUCCGAGCCAUUCCAUACCAAGGCCAGCAGCUCCCGCUUCCUGGAGGUAUGAUGGGAGUAGAGGACAUACGAGGCCAAACUUGGCAGGAUUUGUUUUCUUUGGCUUUAUCACCUCUGCAGAACUCAGUAUGUAACACAGAGCUACAGCUGAUGGACCUCGAACAAAUGGAUUUUGUGUAAAAAAGAAAAAAAAGAAAAAUAUCAAAAAAAGAAAACACAUUCAUUGAAAAGGGUUUUGGGGCUUUUCCCUUCACUAUAUGGCCAUAGUGUCAUCACCCUUCACAAUACUCUCAAUAUCGCAUUCUGGACUCAUGGGGAAGACAAACCUAACUUUAAUAUGGGAGCCUGGAAGCCAGAAAAACCAUACAGAGGAUAAAAUACUGAAUCUUUUGAGAUCUGUCUGGCCCACAGCCUUUGUAGCAUGGACAUUAAAGGCCUCUCUGAUAUGGACUCAAAUCCUGAGGAACCAGACCACAUGGGGAAUGGCAUUGCCCUCUAACCAGCUAACCCCUCCUGUUAUUGAUUUUUUUUUUUUUUUAGUUAAAUAUCUUUUGUGGUGUGAAGUGACUUUUUAGAUCUCAGCCAGUGUGAGUUACUCGCAGUAUAUACAUAGUCUGUUGUAUUUAAUUUCAUUUCACUCCCAUUUCAUGUUGCAGAGGGCAAGACUGAGAUGAUAUAUAUUUUCUAUGGAUAGUAUAAAUAUUCACAGACGAGGCCAGUUUGGGUCAGGCCUACUGUGAUCCGUCGCAUGUCCUGCACUUUCAUCUUCGGCUUUAUAUGACUAAUCCAUCCCAGCAAAAGUGAAGCCUCAGUUCCAAACCAGUGUAUUGUGUGCUCGUUCCGAUGUAUUCAUGGGCUGUUUAGUGACUGUAUUUGGUUCUGAUCAAUGUAGUGAUCUAGGGCAGAUGGAAUGUUCCAAACCCUUUGUCUUUUCAUCUGCGCGCAGCAUUUUUAGCGGUUCCCCCUGGACUUUUGCAUGUCUGACUUGCUGCGCUCAUUGCUCCCCCCAUCAUCAUAAUGUUAUCUUCUUGUAAAUACAUUUUUUUUUCAUUUUCUUUUUUUUUUUUUUUGGUAUUUUAGUAUUGUUUCAUUUUGUCUGCUGUAUUUCUGAACCUCUCAUGUGACUCCUUCCAAUGGAAACAAAACCCUACAAAAAAAAAAACUACUCCAUUCUUGGUGUUGUAGUCCUUUUGCUUCUUCUUUAUCAAGCCCUCAAGCUUACUUUCUAUAUUUUCCAAAACUGGUGUUAUUCAGAUAUCACAAAGGGUGGAGGUUGUAUGGUGUGGGAAAUCUUAAUUUCACUUUUUGAAAAGGUGGUAGGUAAUUACAUGUACAUAUUAUGUACCUUCAUGAGAAUAUUGCAUUUAAGCACACUUUUAUAAAACAUGCUAUGUAAACCUGGUGAUGUAUGCUCCUUAACACUAGUCAGUUGUGGUCCAUAUUUAAGUGCAUUAUCUCAUCAAUGUAGAAAACUGCAUGUAUAGCAUGUAACCAUGGCACCUGCUUAAGCAUCAAUUCAGAUUUGAUGCUUAUUCUUUAAGCAAGGAUAAUCAAAGGUUUAUAUUUUUAUUUUGUGUAAUAUAUAAUGUAUUUUUUUUAUUUAGAAGUAAAACUUGAAGGUCUACCACAGAGCUGUAUGAUGUUAAAGUUAAACUGAACCUGCAGGCACCUUGAAAAAUGUACAGAAACGGUUUCACCACACAGUUUUCUCUCUGGCACCCUUUAAAUCAGCUGACGCUACACUCUAAGCCAAUCAGUAGUUCCCUCUUCAUGAAAUGCCUUGAUAAACUUAUAAGCCAUUUUUAUGACUGAGGUGCUACUGAUUGGCUUAGAGCAUUAGCUAAUGUGACCCCACCCUCCCCCACCGCCUGAAGCCUCCAGGUUUGAAUAAGACACCAGCUAAACUGUGAUGGAGAGAAGACUGUGGUCAAACUGUUCAGAACAGUUUAACUUCUAAAGGGUAAGCCAGCACCAGGGACCUCCUGGCACCAGAGGGUUCCUUGCAUUUGCUCUAGUGAAACAUUAUACCCAUCUGGAAACAGGUGACCUCCAAUAACUAUUACUGUAGAAUUUGGUACAUAUGCUACUAGUCAUAUGGUUUAGUGCCACCGUGGCAAACACCUGCAAGCUUCGUGCUAUAAAAAUGAC